AUGGCCUCUCCUUGCUCAGCUGUCCUGCUAGGGGAUUCAGCUGCCUUUGCUGCUGCCCUCAGGACUCUCAUCAACAACCCACAGUUCAGGUGAGCCAGCUGGGAGACCCAGCUAAGAGAGCCUGGGGAUCAAGGUGGAGCUGGGAGUGAAGGCCGCAACAGGGAGGUAAACUGGAGAGCAGGUUUUAAGUUAGCUCUGCCAGGCUGUUGAGCUGGGAAGAUUCAUAAUACUGGGUCACUGUGAAGAGAAGAAACAGACCCCACCCUGCUCCACUAUCUGCUAAACUCUCUUGCAGAUUUGGCUCGUGACUGUCAAGGAAGCGUUACAUGUUUGUAAGCAGUACAGAAAUACUGUGGUGAAUGAUACCGCAUAUAAUGGUGUUAUCUUGGAUCCUCUGCUUUUAGGGAUCAUGAAAAGUGGGAGGGGAUAUCUGAAAAAGGUUUUAAAAUUAUCAAAGAAAGGAAAAUUAUCCUCUCACCCAGGUGCAAAUAAUCUGAUGAGAUAUUUUUUGCAUGCAUUAUUGUGGGAGAGGUUGGAACAGUUUGUUUUUAAAUCACAGUUGUAAAUUUUUUAGUGAUAAGUCUAUUGCUUUAUCUUUUUGUAAACUGCUCUGAUGUUUUUUUCUACAAUCAAGUGGUAUAUUUUGUGUGUGAAAUAAAUAAGCAGAUUAGAAUACAAAAUAUGUUAUUAAGGCAUGGGUCAGCUGCUCCUAUGAGCUUUUCUGUUGUUGUUUUUUCAUGUGGAGAUGAUAGUAAAGGUGAAACCCUAUAUACCAGAAGCACAGCAUGAGUGAUUGGCUGUGCAUUAUUGUGUCAGCUGGGAAUGCUUUGGCUACCCAAAAUAUCAUACAAUACAGCCUUUACUUCACCAGUUUGAUGCCCUCUAGAUGUUUUGACCGUCAACUCCUAUCACCCCCAGCCUGCUUGCAGUUCAGAACAACUGGAAGGUGCCAGGUUGACAAAACUGGUUCAAUUGAUGGGCACAGCAGAGCAAUCCUACAAGGGGUUGGGGAUGUAUGGAGUGGCAGAUUCCUACCUUUCAUCCAUUGCCCUGCCCAAGGUAAGGGCCCUGUCCAUGCUAGGAUCCCCAUCAUGGCACCAUAGCACUCCACAUUGGGUCUUUACACCUUGUUAUCUGCCUCUUUCUGAGUCACAGCUUUGCCUUCUGUAUGACACCAGAAUCUAUCUUUCAUAAACAAGGGGGAGAAACACUGGUGUAGCCUUGAGCACAAUUUACAGGCCAGGCCAGUGGCCUGUCCACACAAACAUUUUGCUUUCAACAAAUGUGGGAUUAUUUUGGCAACAUGCUGCAUGUCCUGCUGACCACUCUGAUUAACAAUAGUAUUGCUAGGUACUUAAAGGGUCACGAAACAGAUCAGCAACAACCUUGCAUGAAUAUUAUAGGGUACCUUUAGACAAAUGAAGCUGGUAGGUGGCUCAGGUCUAACCAUCGCUGCACUUAGAUGCACAUCCUGCAUAUUAAAAAGGCGGACCCUGCACAAAAGGACAGGAGAUAUGGGGGCCCGUACAAAAGACUCAGGGCUUCAGCCCCCUGUACCAAGAAUGCCUUUGCUGUUUAACAUCCACUGGAUUUUCUGUGUUAAUACUGAUACUUGUUAGGUAAUAGUUAUUGAAGAGAUGCAUUAUAAGCAUCCUCUCCAAAGAUGCUAUCCUCUUGAGUGAAGUACUACUUACCCGGAACUUGGUACUUAAAAAGGUUCCAUGUAAUAGCUCUUAACUGCACGGAGAGCCUGUUAUCUCUUGAUUCCUGUUAUGCAGUGCCUGAGCACACUCCCAUUUCCCGACAGUGAUGACUGGCCCUUCACAACCCGCUCCCGAUCUAUGUUUAGAGGUGCUACAUCAGUGAUGGCCAAACUUGGCCCUCCAGCUCUUUUUGAGACUACAACUCCCAUCAUCCCUAGCUAACAGGACCAGUGGUCAGGGAUGAUGGGAAUUGUAGUCCCAAAACAACCGGAGAACCAAGUUUGGCCAUCACUGUGCAACAUGGACAACAACAUUUUGAAACAAUUAGCUGCUUUCACCUGUUUUAUUGAUAAAAUUGAGCUUCUGUGUAUAUGUCAUGUUACCUCAUCUGUGCCUCAGAUGAUGGACCCAGGACUGAAGCUAGGCUUCUCUCAAAGGAUUCUCAGCCCUACUUCCUUGAUUGCUUACUUGAUAUUGCAUACAACAUGAGAUGGGCAUCAAACCUGUGAAAAAUUGGAGCUUCAGUUUGUGCUAAUGUCCUAAUCUGUGAAUGCUCUUCAGUCAGUGCUAAUGCCCUAAUCUGUUAAUGCUGGUUGAGUAAAAGUUUGAGGAUCAAUGCAUUAAUUAGUUUCUUAGUAUUACUUCAUACGUUUAAUUCAGCUUAGAACUGAUAAUCAUUUUUUGUCCUCCAAGCCAUCGGAAAUGGCUGAUACUUAAGCAGAAUUUGAGGUGGAGAUUUCCCUCCUUAUUCAAUGUGGGUUGCCUUGCUUUUUGGAAAUAUCAAGAUGUGUUUUUCUAAAUGCUUUCCCUAUCCGAAUUGUGCUACUGGUACACUGGUCACAUUGCAUGAUUUUCAUCUGUAAUAAACAGGAUAUUUUCCUAUUACAAUAUCUAAUUUAGAGGAUUGCAUCGGGGAUUGCAUGGGACAAGUGAAGAUUCUUUUCCCAUGAAGAAUUUGGUCAGGAUAUAAGCGAUUUUUCUAGGGGCUUACCAUACAGAAUUGCAUUAUGUGGUUACUGAAUAUAGAGGAGCCUGCCUCUACAUUCUAGAUGAAAUUUCAGUUUUUAUCAGUUUCUCAUUUUUUCAUACUUAAUUUCAAUCCAUCAUAUUUCUGCAUCACUUUGAUAUUUUUUUAAAAAGUCCCCCAAAUUUGCAAGGAGAUUUUAAGCAGAUUGUAUUUGUACAUUGCAGUAGUGUUGAUGAGGAGCUAUCCCAACUGCAUGUGAGGAGACCAUUUUAUUCCUCCACUGAGGGUCUUUCUAGAGAGAUGGUUUGUUUGGUUUUGCACAGUGUUGAUUCCUAUUUGUUCCUUGGGGAUGCAGAGCCAUUGCUGAAUGAAUACUGCAUUUUCCUAGCUGUCAAACUAUAUUUUGUUGUCAUUGAAAAGAAUGAUAUUUUCUCCUCACCUGUUAACAUGUCCACUGUGAAUGAGAGUGCUGAAUGGAAUGUGCUCAUGGGCGUAGCCAAGGGGGGAGGCAGGGAGGGGCAGCUGCCUCCCAUAAUCAAUAAAAAUCAAUAGAAAUACAUAGCAAACUGGGGUUCUGCCCCCUAACAAAAGGCCUGCCCCCCAUGCUACGCCCAUGAAUGUGCUUGUGUGAAUAUUCCAGCCUCCUAUGGAUAGCACCUAUGACUUAAUUAGUUGCACAUAGCAUCAUGGUGUAUCAUUAUUAUUACAAUAACAAUAUCAUCACCAAUCAUUAUAACAAAAAUUAUACUAGUGCAAUAUCUUCUUUAGAGGCGUAAUGCUUCCCACUAAUAAAAAGACAUUUAACAGAAGGCUGCCUCCUUUGGUCUACAGUAGUGGAUGCUAUUUUGUGGUACUUUCACUUUAUAUUGAUUUAGUUUGCACUCCAUCUUCAACAAUGGAACAUGUGUGUCCCCUGCUUUUACUUUCAGGUGUUGGUGUCCCCCUGCCCUCCUGCAGCAAGGCAUGAUAUUAUUCAACUGGUGCUAGCUCGGGGCUGGGAAAAGCCCAGGGAAAGUGCAGCUUAUUUAGCAACUGAUACUUUCUAUAAUAUGUUACUGCGGCUGUUUGCGUUGGUGUAGUUAGCAACUGAGAUGAUUGUUUUGUUUCAGAGGAAUUGACAUUUUACGAACAGGUGUGAGUCAAAAAUGCAGAUUAGUUUUCUGGUACAUAGAGGUCAGCGAGAAAGCCGCUAAGGUAAUGGAAAAUGAAGUGAAGUGAAGUCAAUUACAGAACAGGCCCUGCUGUGGCUACCUGGGUUUACAUACCCGUGUACUGUAAUGUGGCAGGGAAAUCUUCCUACAUCCGUGCUUCGACUCAAAGCAACUGUAGCAGGCCCUUUCUAUAACUCUGGUGCCCUUACAUAUACAAUUGGGCAAUUCAACAUACUGCUUGGAACACAGAAGUAAGCAUCAGGUGGCUGCUUUACUUAAGCCCAUGUAGAUUGCCAAAUUAUUCCACUUCUACUUCAUGCUGAUCUGGUCAUGUGCAGCCACUUGUGUUAAACUUAUUCAUCUUUUUUGCCAUGCUGUUGCUUCCUGAUCCCCUUCAGGCUCCGUGCCCACCCACCCUUCAGAGUACCAUCCAGGUCACACUGGGGUGGAGAAAAGCAAGUCAGUCUGUACAUUACAUGAGCUACAUAGAUGUGCCUGCAUUCCUUAAUUGUUUACCCAAAUUUCCAGAAUGUGCCCCCACCACCUGCAGCUCAAACCCAGCACUGAAGGGGUGGAGUUGUAAGGGGAUUUUACCCCCUGGUUUGGUUCUGGAUCAGAUUAGUCACCCACCCCUGUAAUUUGUAGUAUUACAGGAUAUAAUAAUGGCCACAAACAUGGAAGGCUUUAACAGGGGGUUAAACAAAUCCAUAGAGGAUAAGGCUAUCUGUGGCUUCUGGCCAUGAUUCUGGAGGUGGCAUGCCUCUGAAUAUCAGCACAAAUGGGGAGGGUGCUAUUACUCUCAGGGCCUGCUUGUGAACUCCCCAGGGGCAUCUGUUUAGCCACUGAGAGAGCAUGAUGAUGGAUUUGAUGGGCCUUCAGCCUGAUCCAGCAGGGCUCUUCUGUUGUAACAUGUAGUUCGACCCCAGGAAACAAUACAUGGAACCCAGAUAGUGUAUUUACUGAGUUUGCUGAAACUGAGGAGGAACAGCAGGAAAUCAAGUGCGCUAUUAAAAGGCCCCAUUCAAGUGCUUUAUGCUUUAUUUCUAAAAUGAGAACUUUUGAGGUUAAUGCCACAGCUCUUACUCCAUUCUUUCUGUAUGGUGACUGGCUUUCUUCAUGCAGUGCUGAAGAGAAGGCUCUCUGCUUGAUGAUAUUACUGCUUCAUUUAUUCUAGGACUAAAUCUGGCACUCGGGUUGCCACCUGUCCCUAGAUAGAUGUGAUUGUCCUUUCUUUGGGGGGGGGGGAGAAAUGUGUUCCCUGUCCUGUUCGGACUUCAAACAGGACACCUUUUUCAUGUAUUCAAGCACAUCCUGGUCCUCCUCAAUGUGGGCAGAGGUGGGUCCGAUGGGAGCAGGUGAGCGAGAGCCUGAGUGGGAGUUUGUGCAGGCAGAAGGUGGGUCCAUGAGGAGGAAAGCUGAGAGCAAGAGUUAUUGCCGGACACAGGCAGAAGGUUGGGCGGCACUGGGUGGAGCAGUUCAAGAGAGAGUUUUUGUGUGGGCAGAGGGUAGGUGUUUGCAGCGCACGGGUCUUAUAGCCCAGCCAGGAGGGCUUAUGAUGAAAAAGUGGUAGGCAUGGAAGGGCUUCAGCACCAGCUGCUCUACAGCUGAUCAAAGAAAGGGGGAUGCUGCUGAACAUGUAGUUUGUUGGCCUACUGCAAAUUUUCUUUGACCACAGGCCAGCUGAACUCUGCAAGAUGGUUCUCAAUGGGGAGUGUAGCUGGAGAAAGGGGAGAGCAGGGCAGGGCAUUGAGAAGUGUGCAUGGUAAACUCAUUGCCUGUUUUCCCACAGUGACGUGACAUUUCUGGUAGGCAGAGAGCAGAAGGAAAUCUUUGCCCAUCGCUGCCUCCUCACUUCCCGCUGCCAGGCACUCCAUGCAAUGUUAAGCCAGCCCCAGGAGAUGCAAGCCCCACUGAUCCUGAGCCACGUGCAGCCAGAGGUGUUCCUCGCAGUCAUUGAGUAUCUGUACACCAAUAAUGUCACCCUCAACAACAACAUUGUAAGUAUGACUUGUAUUAGUACAGGCUUGGCUUGCAGUGAAGUGAGUAAAUGGAGAAUGGCUUAAAAUUAGUAAAUGGUAUUAUUAAUGUGCUUAUGAGGAAACACAAACCUUUUAAGUCACCCUUGCAGAUCAAUUAAAAAAUGUUACCAACACGAGUCUUGACAGAUAAUAAUAGGUCCUCCCUGCAACCUUUUCCAUUGUGUGUCUGAUUUUUACAGCUGGUCCUGUUUGCAGAUUCAGUGUACACAAUUUUAAAUCAUGGGUACUGUACAUAUAUAUUUCUCUAUAAAAAGUAACCCACACAGUCUAUUGUUGUUAAAAAGCAAAGGUGGAUGAUGUUUUCAUCCAUAAGAUGAUGAUGAUUGAAGUAAGUCACUUCUGCUUAUUAUGCGCUAUAUUUAUAACGGCAAUCUGGUAAAACAGAUAUGUUAGUGAUUAUGCUGAUAAUGGAGAGAGAGAGAGAGGCCCUGCUCAUAGCAAUCUAUUCACCUGAAAAUAAUCAAUAUGCACCCCACAUACGUACUUAAUCUCAAGGCUACUCUAAACCACAGAAAGGGCAGCAACCACCCUGGUAUAAUGCAGCUGUUGCUUGGUUGAAUGUGCUAAGACUCAGUUCUAGUAAAACAGUAGUGAUAUUUGAAAGCUGAGUAGCAUCAGUGUCUUAGUAUUGGAUUUGCUCCAUCCUCUGCCGCAUUGCCCUGUGUCUAGCAUCUCUGUCUUGUAUCACAGAGCCAGUUAUUUGAGCUCUGAAAAUCCUGUCUCUUUUCACUGCAGAAGAUCUAGAAAUUGGGAGAGGAUGUGGGCUGGGUGUCUGUGCAAGAAUGCUGACUUAAUCAACCACCAUUAGCAGCUUCCACAUACGGUAAUUGGGUUGUUACUUAGGUUUUUCUUAAUUUAAAAGCUGUUGAAUCAGAUCUGUGCAUCUCCUAGUGAUUUCAGACUGCAGCCAAGUAAGGCAGUGAAAUUACUUGUGAGUCAGUGCAUUAGUUUCAAGAUUAUGUUUAGCACCUAAAAUGGAGCAGCAAGCUCAUAAAAUGGAGGCUUUUUUACUGGCAGAGAUGAGGGAAAGUCUCUGAUGAGCACCACAAAAUCCAAUUCUCUCCAUCAAUGUAAUAUGUGUAGCACAUCCUCUUUUUAGCUAACCCUUCUCUAUUUUACGUUUUAUUUUUAACAAAUGUUUAGGAUAGGGGCCCUCUUGUUCACUUGUGCAGUGAUUGUAGAAUACAGAUAAUUUGGUCUGUGCCUUUUCCCCAUUGUGCAUUAGCAAGCAGGGAAGACCACAUUUUUCUCUUACUGAUUCAGGGACCUUUUCUUUUUUGGAAAGUUCCAUCUGGAUGAAGCUGUUUUUUUGGAUGAGGGUGGAUGCAGCUGUGGCCCUCCACCAUCCCUGACCAUAGGAUAUGUGGACUGGGUCUGAUUGGAAUUGGGAGUCCAACAACAUCUGCAGGGUCACAGGUCCCCUGCCCUGAUCUAGAUUCACAGAAUUCUGUUCUGGGCUUGGUUUUGGGAAAGAAAUUGCUGUCAUCAUGCUGGUCGAAAGUUUCAGUUUUGAUCUGUAGAUAUAUUAUUCUAACCUUGUUUUAUAUCAACCACUGUGGAAAUAUUCCUUCAGUAAGGGCGGUAUAUAAAUAUUGUAAACCAAUCAAUAUAUUGUCAUAGGAAGAAAGGGGCAACCUUAAGAUUUGGAAAAACUUCCUUCUCUGUUAAUCAGCAGAUAGCUGUUGUUCAGGUUUUACAUAUGCCUGCAGUAUUGGCAGCAUCUCACUCCUGUGACUCAGCUUCUCUGUCAGGAGCUGCCUCCAGGGAAGGUUGAAUUCCAGCCCUGUCAUCAUAAAAGGACAUAGAAGAUGGUGUAUUUGACAUCUCGCUGCCUCCCUCUGUCAUUCCCUACUGUGAAUGAUUAGAGACUGAGUUUGUACCACCCAAACAAAUUCAAAAUCAAAUUCAAAUAGCUUUGGUUAUUUUAUGUAAGAAUAAAGGUAAAGGGACCCCUGACUAUUAGGUCCAGUCACAGAUGACUCUGGGGUUGUGGCGCUCAUCUCGCUUUACUGGCUGAGGGAGCCGGCGUACAGCUUCCGGGUCAUGUGGCUAGCAUGACUAAGCCGCUUCUGGCAAAACCAGAGCAGUGCACAGAAACGCCAUUUACCUUCCCACUGGAGCGAUACCUAUUUAUCUAAUUGCACUUUGACAUGCUUUCGAACUGCUAGGUGGGCAGGAGCUGGGACCGAGCAAUGGGAGCUCACCCUGUCGUGGGGAUUCGAACCGCCGACCUUCUGAUUGGCAAGCCCUAGGCUCAGUUGGAGAUGGGGAGAGAAAUAAAGAGACAUAAAAAUGUUGCCCUCCCCCAGUUUUUCAAUUACACCAAUCUGUCCCACCCCACCCCCCUCCAAAAAACGAAAAUAUUGCAAUCAGUGCUAUUUUUCUGGAAAAAGAGGUGCUGGAACUGAGUUCCGGUGAGUUCUGGCUGAAAAAGCCCUGGUUGCUAUAUUGGUCGAUAAAAAUAUCCAAAAUCCAUAGCUCUUCAAUGCCAUGCUUUUGUGACAUUUUUGUGGUCCUGAGAGAUGUAUUGCUCAACUAUGGAUUUUUGAAUAUUUGCCAUAGAAACCAUAAUCAGGUAUCGGGUACAUUUUUUUCAUUACAUCAACAACAACUUCUACAUAAGGUAGAGUCUGGAUUUAUUAAAUAGGUAAUAGUUUGAGAGUAUAUGAACUGCAGUUUGUUGACAUUCAUCAGGGAAGUUUGGACUGUCCUCUUGCUGGCUGCACCAAACUCAUCUGAUCCUUAUAAUGUUUUCUCUUAUUCUCUCUCACACAGCUCAGGACGUUGCUUUCAUUCUUUGGAAUUUUUAGCAGCCACACCCAGCAGCAUGAGAAGGGCUGGAUGUUUCAUGGGCUGGGAAGAACAUUAUACCCAGUAGAAAUUCCAGGAGAGAUAUAACAUCUAUCCAGGAUGGGGGCAGAGGGGGAGCAAGCUCUAGUAGACAAGCCUAGAUUCUAGGGUUUAAGGGUUUAAUUUGUUCUUAAUCUGUAGAAAUGUGAUGAUUAUGAACCCAAAAGGGGCAGAGAAUUGCAGCUGCCAACUUUGUGAACUGAAGAGUCCACAAUGGUGAGAAGAAAAUGUAGGGAAAUAGGAUUUUGAAAAGAGGGAACUACAAACUCAUGUGUGUGUGUGUGUGUGUGUGUGUGCGCGCACACACACACACACACACACACGUGCCAUUAAAAUGAAUAUAUUGGCUAGGAUGCUGUUUUUAUUCCAAUCAAUCCCAAUUGUAAACAAUUUAAGCUACUUCAAAGAAUGGAAAAAGAUAUCUCUAAAUAUAUCUGGCGGGGGGAAAGCCAAGAAUUAGACAUAAAAUUAUGAUAGAUACAAAAGAAAGAGGAGGCUUUGCUCUGCCAGAUUUGCAAAUGCAUUAUGAGGCAGCUUGUUUGUGUUGGUUAAAAGAAUGGAUUAUAUUGGACAAUGCAGACAUCUUAGAUCAGGGGUCAGCAAACUUUUUCAGCAGGGGGCUGGUCCACUGUCCCUCAGACCUUGUGGGGGGCCAGACUAUAUUUUUUUGGGGGGGAGAAUGAAUUCCUAUGCCCCACAAAUAACCCAGAGAUGCAUUUUAAAUAAAAGCACACAUUCUACUCAUGUAAAAACACCAGGCAGGCCCCACAAAUAACCCAGAGAUGCAUAUUAAAUAAAAGGACACCUAAUCAUGUAAAAACACGCUGAUUCCCGGACCGUCUGUGGGCUGGAUUUAGAAGGUGAUUGGGCUGGAUCCGACCCCUGGGCCUUAGUUUGCCUACCCAUGUUUUAGAUCUAGAGGGUCACCGCUUAACAUUCGACUGGCAUGCGUGUCUCUGAUAUGGGAAGGCUAAAACCUACAACAGUUUUAUGAAGCACACCCUUAGGAAGAAUCUGUAUAGAAUCUGGGAGAAAUAUAAAAAUCUGCUGGAAAGAAAAACACCUUUAUGGCUAUCUCCCAUUGAGGCAAUUACAAUUAAGAGAGUUGAUAUGGACAGACAAUGGGCGAUUUACAGGGAACUGGUGAAUUUUACAGCGGGGGGACGACCCAAACUAAAUUCGAUGGGAAACUUUAGAAGCCAAGUUACGGUUUGGUUGCAGUAUCACCAGAUAUACGACAUGUUUAAAUUAGAAAGAAUGGAUUUCUGGACCAAAGCUCACAACCUGAAAAACAACUCUUAGAAAAUAAGGAGAAACUUCUGUCUAAAAUGUAUAUUUUUUUUAUUAGAAUGGGAAACAAAAGACGAGCUUGUUAAAGCUUCAAUUACACACUGGGCAAUAGAUAUUGGACACAAUAUAGAUCAUAACCUCUGGGAGAAACUUUGGAAAAGCAUAUUUUUGUGGCACGAGUGCUGGAGGGUGGAGGGUAGGAAGGGAAAGUCCCAUCGUGUGAGCAGCAGUCUAAUUGUGCAAGUCAAAUUUUGCCCAGAGAAACUUUACAGAAAGCUGAAGGGCAAAAGACCGAGAAAAUCAGGAUGGAUUCAGGCAUGUGCCAUCAUUGCCGAUAGAACAGAGCAUUAAGUACCGAGAGCGUGCAUUAAUCACUCCUUUGUUUUGACUGUAGGCCCUGGAGGUCCUGACUUCAUCCAUAGAGUAUGGGCUGGAUGACCUCAGAAAGGUAAGCACUAUGCUUUGUGUCACUUAAGUUGAUUCUCCACGAGAUGUAUUUGUAAUGUAAUUACUUCUGCUUGCAUAUUACAGGGUGAGGGAUGUAGGAGUUUUUGCUCAAUGACACAGCCUCUGGGAUGCAGCAGGGCAUGUUAUUGGCUGCUUUAAAAUAGCCUGCUGGUAAUUGAACCCAGAUUCCCCUAAUCCUUAUCAGUGGAUCCCACACAGACAUGCCUUCCAUUGUGUGCUCUCUUUCACAAUGAAAGCAGAAUCCCACAACUGUGGGUGCUAGAAGGCCAGAUCCACACAGUGUCCUCUGUCUGUAUCCAAACCUGGCAAUGUUAAACUUUGGACUGCCCCACCCCAAUCUGCUUUUUGGAUGCAUUACUUCACUUCAAAAUGUGGUGAGCAGCCCAUAUUUGGAGAUCCUUCCUGACCAUUCUGUUGAGCAAGGGCUCUGGACUCUGUCCCCAAAUCCUCUUCUGAUGAUGCCACUGAUACUAACUCGGGGAAGUAUUUCACCUUUCUAGCAUCUUCCUGUCUAUGGUGGUGGUGGGGAGGUAAAUCAAUGAUAGUUUGUAAAUGAAAGAUGGAAAGAAAAAUGCUUGCUAUGGACAGUUACUACUAAGCUGAUUUGACUGAAUUGGAAUCCCUGUCCCUUCAACUCCUACAGUUUAGUGGGCAGAAAUGUUGGACUCAAUGACUGACCUUACGUUGGGCCUACCUUAGAUGUUUAUUUUCCACUAGCUAGUGCCUUCUAGCAGCCGCCUACAGAAACUCAAGCAUCUGUGUUACAUUACGUCUUGAUUUCACUGUUGUGGUUGGGGAGGAGGCAGGAAACCUUUCUUCUUGGUUCUUUCUCACUUGUUUCAGGGGAACCUUAGCUAGAGAAAUUGUGAGGGGAAUAGAGGUAGGGAAGCCCCAUGACAAAGCUUGCAAAACAGAAACUCUCUGCUUUUAGGAACAAAGAACUUGCCUUAUCUUUAAAUUACAGGAGACAUGGAAGCAGAAUGCACUGGCUGUGUUCAGGUUCACACCAGCCAUGAAAGAAAAUACACCGCACCAGUACUGUCAGCAAAGCAGCCUUACAUUGGCAGAUUCCUGCUAGCCCAGGAGCUGCCAAACACUGUAAAACUCUGUUCUAAUGACUCCAGUAAAAUUCGCCUUAAUCAGGAAAAUCUAAUCUGGACAGCUUCUGAUUCUGACUGGACUUUGUGUCCAUUUUGGACAACUUCCAGGCCCCUUCCAGUUGUCCUGAUUGGGAGCAUCUUCCUGCCAAACUGAUAACUAGAUUUUCCUCUUGCUGAUUCAGGGUGAUUUCAUGUGUUUACACAAGUCUUCAUAAUGGUGCAUCUGGACAGUGGAGGCCAGUUCAUCAGGGCAAAUAUGCCAUUCCCCCAACAAUCUCUAUUUGCCCUCAGACAGCCCUCAAAUGCCUGCCUUCUUAAUUACAUCCACUCCAGUGAGUUGCCCUGGCUAUGGGCUUCCUCAGUUUUGGCUUUACAGAACUCAGCAGGGAAUAAGAUUGGAACAGAAAAAGAAUUAGUUGGCUCUUCCUGCCAUUGGCUCUGGCUCCAUCUACUGAUGGCCUCCCUGUCUUCCAUCCUGCUAGUCCCAGUGGGCAUAACCACCACUGCAGCUCAGCUGGUAUUUUUUGUAUGCAAACUGUUAUUGGUUUUUGCUGAAGAAUGAGAUAUGGGCCCAUUGCACUGCUUGACCCUGCCAACUUUUUGAUCCACGUUCUAUGUUUUUCCCCCCGUCGUAAAGCCUGGAAUUUGUUAAAGACCUACCCCAUCUUGGCCUGCACAGGUUGGUUCCUUCUACAUCUGCAUCACAUCAGGAUGUUUCUGCCAGUGCAGUCCCUGAUUGGUGGACUAUGGUGGUGUUUCCAGGGAUGCUGAUAGCAUGUGCAUCAUUUGGGUCUUUUCUGGCUCUGAGUUUUUCCUUUCCUCCCUGUCUGAGCACACAAUGGAUACAAUGGCUGUUCGACUGGCAUUGCAGCCGUGUGUCCCCCGUCCCGGCAUAAUGUGAGUUUAGGAUUGCUUUGUGUCAGUAACUUUUUAAAUAAUUAAACAAAAGUGCUCAAAGCAAGCUGACAUUAUGCACACCACUGUUGGCACUGCUUACACUGAAACUUGGGACUCCAGGGUCAUGACACUCCCCAGCUGUGAACAGGAUGCUGAGUCAUAGGCUAUAGGGUCACCUGCUGGGAGCCAGACCAGGUGGGUGCUGCUCCUGGGCCCAAGGAACUGAGUGUCUCCUAUGCUCCCUCGCCAGUUCAUCGGUGCAGGGUGUGCAUGAGGUACUAUGGGGUGCAGGAGAAGUGUGUUUCUUCAGGUGAGAGGCGACUCCUUAAAGAGACCCUAGUUCUCCUAAAGGGGGCAGAGCUUAGAAGAGGUGGAUGGGAAGCCGAGGUUCAACAUUCCCCCAGUUCUUCCAAUCCUUGUUGGAGCAAGUUACUCACUAGGAGCUCUCUUUGCUGCCUUGUCCUGUGGGUGCAUUUGCAGGGCAGGGAGUUAGAGGGGACACUGUUCGGGAUGUGUAAAGUAUAUAGAACAAUUUGAAUCAUAAUGGAGGAGGCAUCUUUUAUGACAUUCUCUGCCAUCACAAUCCAUUUGUAUAUUUGUUAUCAUUGGAUAUGUAUAUAGAUGGAGGAAGAAAAUAUGGUGCGUAAUAAAACAAGAACAUUUAUUAAUGAAGGCAUGAAUGCAGCUAACAAUUAAUAAUUUGGCCUGCAGUGUUAACAUUCCUCUGUUGGGCAGUUUUGUUAAUGUGUGUAUGUGACUCUGAGUGUUUUAGUAGUUGUGUCCUGGGAAAGGCAUGUUUCACCAAAUUUGUAGCAGCAUGGAACUGUCUAGAAUCCGUCCCUAUCCUGACUGCCUUCCCAGAGAAGACUUAGCAGCAAAGACUCAUAAAACGAUGAGAAAGUAAGCAGAGCUUGAGGAGAGCUAGGUUUCUGGUGUGGGUGAUUUUACUGGUGGUGACAUUAUUUGGGUUAGAAAGAGGAUCUAAGGAAUGGGUGGGGGAAAGUAAACACAGGACAAGUGAGAGCUAGCCAGGAACAUAAAUUUUCCCAGCUGCUUUCGGAUGACUUGAAAGCACGGGACACUGAGUUCACAGGGGAAUUUAAUGACUUGCCACUUCCCUGCUAGGUCAGGAAUCCAGGAAUAGGUCUUAUGUGACUAUUAGGAGUUUCCCAUCUGUUACAAGGAUCUGAGGCUGUAAGGGAAUAGCAGGGAACUCCAUUCUUGUGACUGCACACAUGCAGCGCAGGGUAUCUCACCGAAGGCAACUGAAAAGGAAUCGGUAUCAUUGUCUUAGCACUUAAGGGGAAAUUCUAAGAGACUAAACAGAAGAGAAAGUUUUAGAAAAUGACUGUGAAUGGAUAGUCAUUAUGGAUUUCAUUUGAGGUUUUCUCACAGUAGAGAGGUAGUUAUGUAGAUAUAAAAAGGAAGUGUGAGGAGAGCAAGAAGACUAAUGGGAACAAUUAAUGGUGGGGAAGUAAAACCAUAAUGAAUGAAUUACCGGUAUGAUAACCUGAAUAAAAAUAGUGAUUAGCAAAGGUCAGUUGUGUUCACACUCCCAUUUACUGUGCCCUCACUGCAUUUCUGACCCUGGAUUUUUAAUCUGUGUUCACACAACACUAUCCAAAAUGCAUAUGUAUCCUGUACUUAUAAAAUACUAGUUUGAUGUGUUGUUUCUCAAACCUGCUUAACACAGAUUGGAGCCCUUAAGCUGUUCCUAAUUCUUCUCUAGCAAAAGUGAUAGCACGUUUGCAUAGAGUAAAGUUGCUCCCUUCCCAUCAACACUCCCUGGUGAAACACAAACAGAAAUGAAUCUGACAUUAAUGAAGUCAUGCUGAUGUGAAUAGCUAGCAGAGUUGGUGGGGGGUGGGAAGAGCAAUGAAAUGCACUAGGGAAAAACAACAACUUCAGUGCAUUCUGAGGUGGUAAUGUGAACCCAGCCUUUGCUUUGGGUUCCUUGAUCUAUCUGGCAGACCUUAAUUCUAGGAAGAAUAUGACAAAUGGUGGAUCUAUAUGGUGGUUUUGUGUGCCUUUUCAGAUGACAGCCUCUUGUGGUCUUUGUGUGUGUGCCUUACACAUCCCAAAAUAUAUUACUUUGGAUUUACCCUACUUAACCAAUUAUUGCAGAAAUCCAUCCUUCCCUUUUUUCAUCCCAAAUAGGAGCCAACAUACACCAGAUUUAGGCUUUCUUCCUGAUUUGAGGUUAUCUGCUGUUCAGCCAGUUACACGCUGACUCUCUACUGUUUGCCUUCAGAGUUAUUUAAACAAGGCUUGAAAUAUUUGCACAGUCUGUUAAAUUCCAUGACGAGGGGAGGUGGAAAGGUCUUCUCUCUCUACCUUUAUCCUUUGUCACUUUACAGAAGUUCAGAGCUUUUGUAAAUUCAUCCACAUGCAAAAAGGUUCUAGUCAGAGAUACUGGCAGGGCAAUAUGUGAUUGCCAGAAUGUAAAGGGACAGAUCAGGAAUAGAAUAAUUCCCCAUAACCAUCAAUUAGCAAAAUAUGUUAGCAACUGCAGAACUGUUUGGAGAGGAAGCAUGAAGCAAACGUGGGGGGCUUGUUGCAGGAUGGGAAAGUAAAAAUAAAAUAUUUUUAUUGGUCUAAAUUAAAUAUUUAUAUCCUUCAUCCAAGGAUCACAGGGCAGUUUUCAAUAUAAAGACACAAAAAUACAUAACAUAAUAAACCAAACAAUACCCCGCUCCAGUUUAAAAGGCCAUAGAUUGUUUAAUUAGCCAAAGAUAUGUAAUAAUAUUCAUGAAGGCAAAAGGUGAGCCUCCCGGGGGAGAGUAUUCCACAAAUGGCAAACAGUUGCAGAAAAUGCCUGUUCUUCUGUUGCCAUCAUCUGGACCUCUUGUGGAGUUGGUUCAUAUAGGGAGAGGCAGUCCUUGGGUUAUUGUGGUCAACAGAAAAUAGAAAACAACAACAAAGUAAUCAAACAAAAUAUUAUAAAUGAAAUAAAUUACUAAGCUGAAAACUAAAUACAGAUCCAAUUACAACCUACUCUUCCAUAACUUAGCUGGCAAAAUGUCUCGCCAACCCAUUUUGAGGCAUGUCCUCAUUUUUCUAGGAUCCAGCUGGAAGGGAACCUGCAAACGCCUUGGGUACCAAACCUAAUAUCACCUUGGUGUGGUUGCCCCUACAACUUUGAUAGGAAUUUGACAGGAAGGGGAUUGUAUGCCAUCUGCUUUACCACACUGCUGUUUGUCACAUUUGUAUUCUGUUCCUCCAGAGAUCUCAGAGCAGCUAACACAUGGUUCCAGGUCAUCCCGGCUGCACUCAGCUAGUUAGAUUCCGCAAUAGAGCUGGGAUAGGUACCCGUGCAGUAUGGAACUGAAUUACAUGGAGAAACACAGGGUGCUUACAGACUGUCGCUAUUUUGGGAUGGGCUUUAAUCACAUACUGGCAAAUUGAGGUUGCACCACUGAAGUUAAUUUGGAACUGCUGCACAAAACCAGACCUUUUGCGGUAAGAAAAAGUGAUGGGGAAAUGCACUGGAAAAUGUGAGAUAAAAUUUGCUUGACACAAUGCCGUCUAAUCUUCCUGCAAACAAAUUGGAAUGAAAACUCAAUAAAACGGCAUCUGGAAGCAACCUUGGACUCUCCUUGUCUUCAGGGAAGCGGCAGAGAGAGACAUCUGGGAAGAGGCUUGGGUUCUUCUUGCCACGUUUCGUUCUGAUUAUCAUUUACAACCUGUCCUGCUGGGAACUCAUGAGAACGCAGACGGCUUCCAUUCCCGGACACAUCUGAUGUUUCUUAGGGGCAUGUGAGCAUGCCUUUGAGAGUGGGGCAGGGUUGUUAACAGCUUCUGAUGUGACAAACAGGGAAUGAGAGAAACCCCUGCCAGGAGAUCAGGCCCUUGUAAAUGUUUAUACAAGCAGAUUAUUUGUAGGACCUUUCCACACUGCCCUGCAUAGGACUUUUGGCAUCCCUACAUACCUUUGAGCUUUACACGUUCAUGGGGCCUUGAGAAAUACAAGUGCUUCAUAACUUGAACCUUUGCAUAUGCUGUUUUGACAGUAGCUUGACAUUAGUGAAAUAUACUUUCUGUUAUUUAAAUAUGUUCAAAUCCGUGUCUUGGCAACGGCCUUCAAAACCCUUUGGUGCUCACCUGACAUUUUCAAUCUUUUCUGCAUAAUGAUGAGGGCCAAAAAUUGAUAUAUGUGUGUGUGUGUGUGUGUUUAAGGGGAUCUGCAAUUCCUUUGGUUCAGCAUAAAUCAGGAGACUGGUGUUAUCCUGUUGCCAAUCUCCAGAUGGAAUUAACACAUACAGCCACACUACCUCUAAAGCUCUACUCAUGCCCAGUUUCAAUGCAUUCUGGAAAAAUCAAAACUAACCUCCAGAAGUGUAGCCAGCAGUGCUACAAUGAAUAUGUGCACAUUUGGCAGUUAUAUCACAGUCUCCCACACUCGCUGAGUUCUUUUACAGCUGUUUUAGAAAAAUCAAAUUCAUGAAAAUAUGAAUGCUUAUGUACCUCCGUAUAAGUGUGCACACAGCAUUUUUACGAAGGUGAAAACAAUGCAAGUCUCUCCCUUUUGGACUUGCCCCUCAGCUUAAGAGCACUUUCUAUUUAGGAGUGAAAUUAACUAGGUCAGCAGCUGCUGGCAAACUCAGUGGUAUAGUGGUAAAAUCAGAAGUGCAGCUGCUCUUCAGGACAACCCCCACAGCUGCACCCCACAGCCAUACCCCUUCUGAGACUGGGGAACAAAAAUGAAUUUUUGAUCAAUGCAGAUGUUAUGGCUUUAAUACCAAAAGAGCCUUCCUCUCCUCCCCCAGUUUGUUUAACAUCUAGUCUGAUGAAGAGGCUCAGCACAGAUGGCAGGUGUUUUGGCCCACUUCGACAGAUAAACUAGCUGGUUCAGUACAUUUAUAGACCUAUUCAAGCAGCUCUCUCCUACUUGCCACUCCAUAGGCAUGUCAAGACCUGUUGCUGCAUUCCUUGUUCUGCACUGCUAGGGAAGGCAAGGAUUCUGUAAAGGCCACCCAGGUGGGGACGUGCUGCCCUGUUAGGUUGAAGGGCUGGGGGUCACAAUGCUUCACUAGGUACUGUAACCCACAACAGAAGAGAACAAUUGAUCAUAGAGACAGGAAAAUGCACUGCUAUGCAUUUUCAUAACACGUCUCACAACAGUCAGAUUAGGGUAAUGUUCAUUUUCUUUUCUGGAAAGAAAGUGAAACAACAAAAGCCAGCAAAAGUUAGCAGACAGCCUGUUGGUAGAUGCCAGCUUUUUAAUGCUACUGGAUUUCACUUCCCUCCUAUACCUGGGAUACUAGAACCCCAGAGUCUGGGUCCUUCUGGUCCCCUUGACCUAAGCCAUAAAGCCUACAGUUCUCAUAGAACAUGAAGUCCUUGUUCCCAAACCCCUUGUUCAAGCAACACACACACACACACACACACACACACACACACACUCCUCACUCCUAUCUUAUUCCAGCAAGCUAAACAGCAUUUAUCUGUGACACAGCUCAUAGCACACUAAGGUUUCACUUUAAAUGUAUCAGGUGCCCAGGGCAUUCUGAAUUCCAAUCAGCAAAAGAAACGAGCAAGGGAAAACUGAAGCCUACAGCCGAAGUAUGUAUCCCACCUUUCUUUCACAGCAGCAUGUAUAGAUUGUCAGGAGGUCUCCUAGCUAGACACUAACCACACCCAGACCUGCUUAGCAUCAGUUAGAUUUCUAAAUCAUGUUCCUUCAGAUCAUAGCUCUGGGUGAGACACCCUAGCAGAAAGGCAUUGUGUAUUAUUCACUUGUACCUAUAUUACAUGGUUCUGGUUUACACUGCUUAUGUUGCUUACAGAAAUACAUUGGGUUUCCUGCAUUGGCAGGGGGUGGACUAGGUGACCAUUGAAGGCACCAAAUCUGUGACUUUUUUAUUUGUAUUUAAUCAAUUGCAGAGGUGUACCUAGGCUCCCUUGCGCCCUUGGCAAGGAGAUGUAUUGGCAAGGAGAGGUGCAAUUUUUGUGCCCUACCGGGCCUGCUUAGGGGGCCAACUUAGCCAACCUCUAGGUAUGCCUCUGGCCAUUUGCCUCUUCCAGGCCUCUGCGUGUAUUGUGUGUGGAUGGGGAACUUGUGGAGAUGUUGUAGGAUUACUGCUCCCAUCAUCACUGGCCUUGCUGACCAGCGUGGAUGGAAAGUAGAGUCCAGCAACAUCUGGAGGGCCACAAGUUCUUCAAAUAGCCUGCCCCUAGGAAUGCAUUAUCCACCCUUGUUUUACCUUUUAAAAAACCCUCUUGGAACAAUUACACCAGUGCACACCUUAAUGAGCAAUGAAUGUGUAUGCUUAUAAAGAAACAGCUUACAAGAAACAUGUGUUAUUUCCCAUUGUGGAAAUUAUGGAGCCCAUCUGCCCAAAUGAGUACAGCAAAAUCUGCACAAUUGUGCAAAACAUAAUCAAGGAAAUUCCCUGCAAGCCUUACCUUUUGAACUGGGAGAAAUAUUGAAAGAGUUGGGGUUAGGGGAGUGGGAUGUAGCUAACAAAAACAUACUCAAGUCUAGAAAUCACACCUGUGGCUUCAGAUUUUUCUGGGAUUUCUGCCCACAGUUUGGAUAGUAGUGAAUUGAAACAUCAGUCCUUUGGUUCCGUUUCAUGCACACACAUACCAUGUCCUCAGAAUGGUGAGGCUGGUCCAUAGUAUGUAAAGGGGGGUGGUUCCCAAGAUUAGCAAACCAGAUGCCCCUGGGUUAAAUGCAUCUUAAAGGUACCACAAAAUGCACUGACUCAUCAAAUUAGACGUGGCAUGGUCUGUCAUCAGAAUCCCCUCUUUCAUUUUUUAAAGUAGAAGAAGCUGGUAGGCAGAUGGGGAUCAGGACCAUGAUGCUGGGGGCAGAGGGUUUAAUUUUCCUCUCCCCUUGCUGUUUUCCCAAUUUAAAUGCCACCCUUCCAAAGCUUCUCUUUGCUGAAAGGGGUGGGGAGGGGGGAUAUGCUGGCAGAAGGACUUAGGGACAGCUGACCUGUAUUGCAAAGCCCAGACUGAAGCUAAAAAUUGCCCUCACUUCAGCGGGGGAUGCAGCUGAUUGUUCUGAAUCAAAGUUAGUCAGGGCGGAAGGAACAGAGAUCCCCUUAAUCCAUCCAGCCAUGAGCUGGAGCAAAUCUUUGUUAGGCUUUUCCCCAAGAAGAGGUCUUGGAAAUACAACCCCUUGGCAUGGCCCCAUUGAUCCAAGCUGCUCAUUGUCUGCAGGUCAGCAGCUGCAGAGAGCUGGCUGGGGCCCAUGUUCUCUGUGAUGAUUUAACAGCGCCCGCCCCCAGCUCCCAGGCCUUUGCUUUUAGUAUAAUAACUUCCCAUUCCAGAGCCAGAAUAGAGUGGUGAUGGUGGUAGUAGAACACAGCCCGCUAUUCCCAGAAGGCGCGUGGGGUUAUCUGAGUGUUAUUUUUAGGAAAUAUCAUCGGCAUAACCAGCCUGCAGAAAUAAAAGCUAAAUAAACAAAGCUGCAUUCCUAGGCCACUAGGGUAAACCCAUUAGAGUUCCUGCAACUGAUACACUGAGGAUAUACAAGUAAGCCAGAGCAGUUGACCCCAAAGAGGCUCACAUUUUUAGCUCUGUUUGUAUUGUUCCAGUCUUUGCAAGUAGUAAGUGUUCACAGUGCUUAAUUUGCAUUCUGGUAAUGGCAACAUGUUUUAUUUAAUUUAUUUUCAGCAUAUUUAUGCUGCCGCAUAAUAUAAAGUUCUCUGGGUGGAUUACAAUAAAUAAGAAAACACAACAUGUUCUAUCCAGUGUUGAGUGUGUGGACUUCUCUUUGUGCAAUGGACUUCUCUUCCCUUUCCGAUUCUCCUUCUGCUGUCCUCAGAUCUAUUUUGGAGUGUCCCCUAACCCUCUGGAGCAGAUUUUUGGAGAGCACGAGAGGGCGGAGAUGAGAGGGAAGUUCCAUUACAUGGGUAAGAGUCUUUUCCCCUUGUGGAAGGAAGAUACAACCAUAUGUAAAUAUAAAGUAGACCACAAAAUACAAAAUUUACAAAAAAGCUCAUAACAGGCACAAAUUGAAAAACACAGAUUGAAAAACUGAGAGGCCCAGACUACAUAAGUUGUUUGAAGGCUUGGAUAAACAGAGAUGUCUUCAUCUAUCGCUGAAAAGACCACAAAGGUGGUACCCAGACAAAGCUGUUCCAUAACCUGAUUCUAUUACUGCAAAGGUCAUCUCCUUGGUGGUUACUUGAUAGGUGCAGACCAUAGUCUCUGAAGGUAAACUUAAGGUUCAGGUUGGUAAAUAUGUUCCAUUCAUGUACAUGUUUAUUUGGCUGGACAUACCAGGUUUUAUAUAAGAAGAAUUACUUGGCUGGGUAUGAAAUAAGGGGCCUUCAUUGUGUGUGUGGGAUGGGUGUUGUAGUAUUUAUUCAUUUUCAUAUUUAAACUGUUUAACAUGGUUGUUUUCAGAUACAACUUGGUUUACAUUGGAGCAUAUUACAUGAAGCAAUUACAUAAAAUUAAAAUUUAAACAAUAAACACUCAGAUAAACAUUUCUGGGCAUAUUAGCAAAGUUGUUUCAAAGUGUAUGUACCAAAAUUAUUACAGAUAUGAAAAAUCCCCUGAUCUAGUUUCCAACUUUCUGUUUCCAAUAGGGGUCAGCCAAAUGUCUCUGGAAAAUUUGUGUAGAGAACUGAACCACAACUGGACCAUAGGGCAGUGGUUUUUCAGCUGUUCUGUGUUACCACAUUGCCUUGGUAACAAAUUAAUAGCUAGUAGAUCACAUAUUGCAGGCACACAGGAAAGGAAGCGGGCCAGGCCAGGAACCCAUUAUAGCUAGGAAGAGGCGACACAUGAGAUGAGCAGUACCAAAAACGUGCAUCUGUGGCACUUGUAGUGAGAAAGGAAUGUGGGCAUGAUGGGGCAGUAGCUUAGCUGGUAGCACAAGAGGAAAGGAAUACCUAGCAUGGAACACCUAUCUGGUGGAAAAGGGGAAUCCUGGGAAGCUGAGAAUGACUAAGGGCUUAGAAAUUGGUAGCUAGAGCCAGCUGGCUCCCGUCCAACUGCUUCUUGUGAAGCUCGCCGAGCUCCAGACCACAGAGGUGGGAAAGGAAACUGAGAUCAUCCAGUCUGUUGCCAUGUGCCAGGCCAGGCAAUCCCUCUGCACUGCAUUCCUGAGUGCUGAGUCUAGUGUGACUUCAGAUACCAUGUUCACUUUUCAGAGUCUGUUUCUCAGCUCUUGUAGUAGCAGUACCAGUAAUGUAACUUGAUAGUAGGCCUCAAAAUUACAGUUUUUCUAAUCAUAGCAGCAUACCUUGUCCUUUCCUGGGGGUUGCAGGCCUGUGUCUCCAGUAUGGUUGGUUGGGGACAACUAGUGGAGGCUAAAACUUUAUGGAUGUUGAGUUUUUAUCAAUGUGUAUAGGUGACAGAAAAGCAAAAAAUGUGAUAUGUGUAUAUGACUUCAACACAGAAUGGUGUAACCAGCUAUUGAAAGUCUGAAAUUACUUUUAUGUAUUCCCCACCAGCACCACUUUCUAAAACAAGCGAUGGACAUGUCUGCUUCAGGUGACUGGAACUAUACUACUGGUUUCUAUUUACAACAGAAAUAUCAACCACAAUGAGAAGAAGUUUGAGUUAUAAUUGCAAUGUACAGUCACCUUUCAUGAAUGGUCUGACUAGUAUCCAAAUAAGCAACUCUGGCUGUGGUUUCCAGUCUGGGAAUGGAUGAGAAUUUUGUUCAGUCUGAACUGAACUGAUCUGUUUUGAACUUCCUGGACAAAUGCCAAGAUUGGAACACAACAGUGGGGACUGGCUGGUGCACGUUGGAGCAGGCAAGAGACCAAUAGGAGCUAGAGCCAGGGCCAAGGACAGGCAGAGCCACCCGCCUGACUGGUUGUAAAUAAGAAGGCAGGCAGAUUGGGGGCUGGUUGAGGUUUGUGGGGCAAUGUCCAAUUUGCUGAAAUGGACCAGCCUCCAGUGGAUAAUUAUCCUUAGGAUUUUUUCCAAGUUUUAUUAUAACAUUCUUGUUGAACACCCCACCCACAAAAUGCAAAAAAACACACUUCCUGUAGUUUGUGCUAAAAAAUACUUUUAGAAAUGUGUACAUUGCAAGAAAGUUGUAUUUUAAUAACUCUUUUGUGAUAUGUAUUUAAAUUCAAAUUUUGCAAGGAUUUUUUUUUAAAUUACAGAUUGAUUUGGAAACAGAAAGGAACAAACUAAUGAGUAAACACAUGUGAAAUAGAUGUGGAAUAAAAAUAGACUGAUCUGUCCAUCCUAUUCCAGUCAAGAAUCAGAUGAAGGCCAGUAUCAUUGUAGGAUAUUGGCCAACAAAAUUGGAUCAUCUUAACCAGAUGUGCACCAAGAAGUCAUUGCAAUAAAAGCUCCUGUUAUUAAACACUAGCCCUGCCUGAAGAUUCCAGGCUCCUAAUCAACUCUGUGUUAAAUGGUUCCUUGCUGUAGCCUUUUUAUCUCCCAAUACAAAUGCCAACUUUUCUGACAUGGUGCCUAUGACAGCUCAAGGGCAAGAUGAAAUUCACCCUGUGACAUUUUGCCUGUCUGUCACAGGAAAUCUACCAGAAAAAGAAGGUGGCAAUUUUAUUUAACCCAACAGCUUUUUUCCUUUUUUUAAAAAAAACAACUUUCCUAAUAAGCUACCCUGCUAAUCACUUUUGUAGGGCAUUAACCUUUGUAGUUUGACAUUAAAUACCAGGUUUACCAUUAAAUAGGAUCACAAAGGCAGGAACUUUUCGCACCUUCUCUGUGGCAUGCUUUGCCUCUGAGUUUACGCCCCAAACCCACAGCAGUGCUGCUUGCUGCCCUUAGCCAUAAAAGGUAAAGGGACCCCUGACCGUUAGGUCCAGUCGUGGAUGACUCUGGGGUUGUGGCGCUCAUCUCACUUUACUGGCCGAGGGAGCCAGCGUAACGAGAGCAGCACACGGAAACAUCGUUUACCUUCCCACCGGAGCGGUACCUAUUUAUCUACUUUCACUUUGACAUGCUUUUGAACUGCUAGGUGGGCAGGAGCAGGGACCGAGCAAUGAGAGCUCACCCCGUCACAGGCAUUCGAACCGCCGAUCUUCCAAUCUGCAAGCCCUAUGCUCAGUGGUUUAGACCACAGCGCCAACCUUAGCCAUACUGCCUUGCAAAUCUGUGCUUUAUAUGUUCCGUCUACAUGGAGAUCCUGCACAGAGCCAAUUCUGUUUUCCUGAAUUGUUUCGUACAUCACAGAAUAAUAGAAUUGUAUAGUUAGAAGCAGUGCUCUUUUUCCCCCCCUAAAAAAAUGUUUAGGGUUACUCUCAUUUUCCUACUCAUAUUGAAAUACUGCCCCUCAAUGAGGCCAAACUUAGAUUAACAAAAUGUUUAGGGGUAUGCGUACCCCCAGAAAAUAGUACUGGGUAAGAAGGGACCCCGAGGGUCAUUUGGUCCAACCCCCUACAAUGCAGGAAUCUCAACAAAAGCAUCCAUGACAGGUGGCUAUCCAACUUCUGCUUACAAACUUCCAAAGAAGGAGAGUCUACCACCUUCUGAGGGAAUCAGUUCCACUGUUGAACAAUCCUUUCAAAUAGUCAUGAUCUGAAUGAUUUGCCCAAGCUUUCUUAACUGAUUUUUAUUGUGUUGUUGGCUGUGCCACAUUUGUAGUUACCUAUCACCAUCCCUUCCCCAGCCCCUACGUAUUAUGCUGUAGUGUGUUUAAUCCCCUUUCCAAGCCAUUAGUGCUGCUGAACGCACUUCUUGGACACGCCUUUCGCAUGUUCAUACUUACUGGUUAAUCAUUACCUCUCAUGGUCUUUCAGUUAGGGCUACAGUGUGUGUGACAGUGUUUUGAUUAAGACCUGUUUUGAACAAAGAUCACCAAGUUGCCUGAAACCAUGGCAGAUGGCUCAGACAUAAAGUUGGUGGUUUCUCCAGGAAACAUGGAGGGUGACCGUGACCAGAUGCAAAGGAGGACAAGGCAUCUGUGCCUUUAAUAGUAGUUCUUAGCCUAAAUUACUAUUAAUUCAAUAUUGUGUACACAUUACCAGCUUAAAAAGCAGUGAGGUUGUUCCUCCUUCCCUCCCUGCUGUGUUUCAAUUCACAUGUGCAUGUUGUUGUAAACAUCAGUACAGUUGGAUGUUUUUCCAAGUUGCCUACUGCCUGUCCCCUCCAAUGGGUGAAGAAAGGGCUAAGAUCAUUUUAUUUGUAUUUGGUAGUCUAUGUACACACACCUACACAUGUUCAUAUGCACAACUGUUAAUGUUCUAAGUAUUAUUAUUUUUGAUAUCACUCAUUUUCAUUUGGGUUCCUGUGGCUUUGGCUUUUGUUACUUAUAUUUGGGGAUCCUCUCCUUUUUCUUUACAUGGUUUCCAUUUUAUCCUUACAACAACCCUGUUGUUAGGCUGAGAAAUAAUCAUAGAAUCAUAGAAUUGUAGAGUUGGAAGGGACCCCAAGGGUCAUGUUGUCAAUCCCCUGUAAUGCAGGAAGCUCAACUAAAGCAUCAGUGACAGAAGGCCAUCCAACCUCUGCUUAAAAACCUCCAAGGAAGGAGAGUCCACAACUUCUCCAGGGAGGCCGCUCCACUGAACCGCUCUUACUCUUAAUGCAUUUGAACCUGAGCCUCCCUGCUCCUAAUGCAACAUGCUAACAUCUCCACUGCACUGCAUCUCCGAUGGGCACACUCUAUCUGAUGAGCACAAAGCAGUCUCUGGGCAUACAGUAGUGCUGUGAAUGAAUAUAGCACAGUGCUCUGUAUACUUCCAUGCAAGCUAGGACUUUGUAUUGGGAUCUGUUACGGCUAAUAUGUGUACCAAAAUACAAUUAAAUCAACUUCAGUGCCAGCCUCCUCAUCUUCCUUUGCUGGAAUCUGUAGAAAGCUCAGCAUCUAAAUGCAAGUGACUGUUUUCAGGCCGUAACCAAGCCUUGAGUAAUGCCCAACUUCUCCAGAAUCUCCGCCGCACUGGUUCUAUUUUGGGUGCUGCGUUCAGCUGCAGUUUUCUUAUGCAACCAUGGCAGCCUGUGCAUUGCCGAUAUUAUGAAGAAACAGGAAGGAUGAGGCAUUUACAAUUCCCAUCUCUCUUCCUCCUCCUUCUCUACCUCCUCCAUCUCUGUAUGUCAAAAGCUGCUCUUUGGCCUGGUUUCAUAUGUCACAAGAUUGCCUUUGCACUGGCAUGACAUAGCAUAGAUGUUCCUGCAGCUGUUUUUUUAAUAAGCUAUAAAAUCCAUAAAUGUUGGCUCCUCCUCCAGUCUGGCACAGACAGCUUCUAUGGCUGGCAGAAAUUCCCACUACCUUUGUACAUUGCAGCUACUGUCUAAAGGAGGAUAGGGAUUUCUGUUACCAAGUUGCUGUGGAAGGGAAUUCGUCCCUUAGCAUCAAUCCAGUUUGGCAGGAAAGAAGGGCAUGUUCCCUGACUCACUUUGCCCAAAGUGCUCUGUCCUUAGUGUUAUCAAGGAUGAAGGAUAAAUAUGCACCAUCAAGUUGCUGCACAUGCUGUUGUGGAUACAGUGGUGCCUCGCAAGAUGAAAUUAAUUCGUUCCGCGAGUUUUGUCGUCUUGCGAUUUUUUUCGUCUUGCGAAGCACGGUGUCGGGAAAGUUUUGGAAAAGCUUCAAAAAUCACCAAAGUCUUUAAAAACCUCAAAAAAGGCUACCACAUCGCGUUCUAUGAGUUGCUCCUCGAAGUCAAGUCGCAACUGUAUUAACGGUGUUAAGAAAAAGGAAACAAACUUGCAAGACGUUUCCGUCUUGCGAAGCAAGCCCAUAGGGAAAAUCGUCUUGUGAAGCAGCUCAAAAAACGAAAAACCCUUUCGUCUAGCGAGUUUUAUGUCUUGCGAGGCAUUCGUCUUGCGGGGCACCACUGUACCUAUUUAUCCUUGGCCAUUCUGCACAGUAUUCUGCUUCUCCCUCCCAAAGCAAAUUUGGGUUAGAGCAAUGUUUUGAUGUGUUGUCCCUCCUCUUUCCCCAAGUCAGUUUCCUUAACUUUCCAAGACGUUGCCUCCCAGUCUUCACCUUUGCAGCCCAAAAAGCUUUCCCCACUAGAUAUGCUGCAGUGGGUAGAGUGAUGGAUUAGAACUGAGCGGACCCAGGUUGAAAUCCCUACUCAGCCAUGAAGUUCACUGGCUGACCAUCAGCCAGUCAUCAUCUCUUACUCUGACCUAUGUAACAGGGCUGCUGAGAGAAUAAAAUGGGAGUGAGAGUAAGAGGACCGUGUUUGCCAUCUUGAGCUCCUUGGAGGAAAGGUGGGAUAUGACAAUAAUAAAUAAAUACCUCUUUGGCCUGCUCUGUCUCUCUCUCUCUUAAUGAGUCAGGUGAUAGGUGCGUUCUCACCAUUUGGGAUAAAGUGGCCUUGUAUGAUGACCAGUCAACUGCAUCAAAUAACAAACCAGUGUGAAGUAUCAAGUGCUCUGGGAAGACUGUGCUAAUGUCAUCUCUUCAUUUAGUUAGGUGAUGCAGCACAUGGGGUUGUAAAAGGUUCCCUGUGUCCUUCACUUCUUUGUCGUAAAAACAGCUAGUUUGUGCAAGGCUGCCAUAGUGACAUGACAGUUUCCUCUUAGUGGAGACCUUUGUAAUUUAUGCUUUCAUAAUUUCCACUGUGUUAAGAAUAUGAUUAAAAACUGACUUCUUAAGGGCUGAUUACCAACUAAAUGGGAAGGAAAGCUCUGUUGUGGAAUACACUGGAAAUUCUGUUGCCUUACGGCUUCCUGGAGUGGAGCAGUAGUGGUCACAACCCUGUUUAAAGACCUAUUCGUAUUGUGGUUUGCUUUCUCCUUACACAGUGUCCCUCAUUGCAACAUCUCUGUGGUGACCAUUGUUGGUGCUCUCACACAUUCCAACCAACACUAUAUACAGACCUACAAUAUACUGUACUAUAUACCCUGAGCCCAUGUAUCUGAGGAAACAUCUUCAGUAGAAAGCCCACCCCUUUCUUGCCAGUGGGUAACCAAGGUUUGUCCUUGACUUACUGCUUGUUGUUUGUUUGGGUUGUUUCAUCCCUGGCAGCAGCAACAGCAGGAGUAAGGUUUGAUGUGUGAACUGGCUGAUACUGUCUGUACAGUCAAUUAUUUGAUUUCAAGAGUUUCUAAAAGGCAGAAAGCAUGAGACCUAUCAAAUAUCAAGUAUCCAGCUUCUAACAGCUCUUGUAAUUGUGUGAAAAAGCUGAAGGAGGGAUGUGAUCAGUAGUUUCUAAUAAACUCUUCUCCAGAAGAUUUUAUUUCUACUCUAACUUUUCUAAUGCAUUAAUUUGACAGUUUAAAAAAACCCCACCAUUCCAGUUCUAAACACAGUUUUAUAACUUGGAGAGGAAGCUAUUAAUGUCAUUAGAUCAUUUUAUGCUGAUGAUAACCAUACAUCAGAAUUAAAGCUUGGCUAUUUGUUCUGCUUUCAAACAUGUCAGUUGCAUCUGCUUCCUUAUUUCAUCUCUGUGGUGUCCUUCAGAUAACCUUUUUUUAUUCAGCACUCAUCCUGAUUUGCUUGUGCAGAGUCAACACAGUGGUCAGAUUAAACCAGGCAUGUCUGAAGGCUGUUUUGGGAGCCUAAUCCGGUGUGCCGGUCGAUUUAAUCCAGCCCCCGUGGCAGUAUAUAUCCUUAUGUCCUGGGGUAAAAUCCUAAUCCUAAAAUAAGCUCAACAACUUUGGUCGGCACCCACGCAUGUUCAGUCCAUCAAAUCUGGCCCUCUUUGAAAAAAGUUUGGGCACCCCUGGAUUAGACUCUGCCUGAUUUUUACUGAUAAUUCAUUCUGAUUUGCUUACAAAAUACCGACCGUAUGGAGUCAGGUUGUAGGAAGGUCAUCAGGAUAUGAGGAUACAAUUCCAGGUAAUCAUGAAAGUAGAAGCCACAGCUGGAGCACUGGGAGAGAACGUAAGCACAGUGAAAGCCAAGGUUAUCCAAGUUUUUAUUCCCAUGUCUAGAAGGCCUGCAUGUUUUUUUCUUUUCUUUUCUAGGCUCUGUUCAACUAAAUGGCAGCUCCGGUUCUCUAGAGCAAAUGCUGCUCUUGAUGGCAUGGCAAUUCUGAGUACUACUGACAAUGUGCUCACUAGAGCCAAGUGGAACUGCUUAACUGAGACUAAGUCUCAUUGCAGUUAGUGAGAGCUUCCUUCUGAGUAGACGUGCAUGGCAUUUCCCUGUCACUGUACUGCAAAAGCACAUUCUCAAAAAGAAACCAGAUGUGUCUUAUUGUAAGACAUCCUGUUUUCUUUACAUGACCUCUGGCAAUGUUGUCUAAUAAUUUUAAAAUCAUUUUCCAUUGUCCAAUGUUGCUGAACUCCCAGCUUCAUAGAUGUUGUUGGAUCAACUCUCAGAAAUCCUUACUGCUGGCCAUUUGGAGAUCCAAGGUUCAAAAAAAGCUGCUGUGUAGCAUUUAGUAUCUACCACCAAUUUUCUACAGCUCUUCUUCCAUUUUGUCAUGUUACUGUUCCUUGACAAACAGAGACAUAGAAUUGUAGAGUUAGAAGGGGACACAAGGGCUAUCUAGUCAAACCCCUGUAACGCAGGAAUCUUUUGCCCUAUGUGGGGCUCAAACCCACAACCCUGAGAUUAAGAGUCUCAUGCUCUACUGAGGACAAACUGUUAAAUUUAAAGAGGGUCGUGCUAAAUGAUGAAAAGUGCAUUCAUUUUACGGUGUGUGUGUGUGUGUGCGCGUGCGCGCACCAGAAUUCAAUGUUUCUGUUGCAUUUUAAACCUCUCUUGGUGGAGGGAGUAGAUAUGAAAAACAAAAGAAAGGUGAAUGGUUAAACACCCCCUCCCUUGUCACUUCUCCAUUGCAAACUUACCAUGUAAUCAACAGUGUAGUUUGGUCCUAAAUCCUUGUCUAUAAAAUAUGUGUGCCACUUAUUUCUGAUUUCAAUUCCAUUAUGUUCCAUCUGACUCCAAUUUUAAUAUUUUCAGCAUUAAAUCCUAGUUCCCUCUAGGAUUUAUUUUGCAAGAGAAUAUACUUGUUUAGCCAGCCUGCUUCCUUGGUUGAAGACCAGUUGACAAUGAGAGUUUUUUUCAUUUGUACUUCAUGGUGAAUAUGAAAGUAUGUGAUUCAACAAAAGCUAAUUCUGGCUCAUUCUGCACCACAGUGAAUGGGACUGUCAUUGAAAAAGAGAGGAUCCCACACUCCUGGCUAUUAUGUGUCAUGUUUAGUUGGCAGUGAUAACGAAGGCGCGGAAGGAUCACGCUCAUCAAUUCCGUCCUUGGGGAAAACCCUGCAUGCACUGCACUUAUUACUCCCAAUCUGCUGGCAUUCUGCUCAUUGCUAGGAAACUAAUUAUAGCUUUGAAAUCAGAGAGUGCGAAUGGGGGUAGAAAGCCAAGUAGCAACUGCGUUUCUCACAAAGUGUGGGAGUGGAAGACAGUGCCUUGCUCCAGAAAAAAAGCUGGGAUUAGGGAUGGUGGCAAAAUUCCCUAUUAGCAGACUGAACUGGCCUUUAGUCCACUUGUCUGCUAUCUUUGCAAAGUGGUCUUUCUUGCACCAACUUUCUGUAGAUUUCCCCAAUGCCAGUUUGAUUGUUUUUAGAACAGAGUAUGACAGCAUUUGUACAGAUACAAUUUAGCCAGCUACCACCACCAUCAAAAUUUGAUCUUAACUGUCUGUGCAUGGGGUACUGCUUAAAUUUGUAUUCACUUUAACUUCUAUCUCAUGGAUUCACUACUGAGGUGAUUAUGUUAGCCAUUUACCACCAUUAACAGUCAUUUUUUAAUUGUUAACCUGUCUCUCACUAAUUCGUCCCAUGUGACUUAGCUUUGUACGGAUCCAUCCAAUUUGUGAAUUUUGCUUUAGUUCUUCUAUUACCACCAGCACCUAGGCUCAUUAUUCAACACUGGGACUCGUUUGGCUCUAAAUUCUGGGUCAUCCUGAAACAUUCCCAGCUGGUUCAUUUUUAAUUCUUAGUCCCCUUGGCCAUAAUGACACUAUACUAAAAGCCUCCUCUUCUUUGCUCUUCUUGUAAAGAUUCAUGAAAUAACCUGUUAUUGUAGUUAAUCAUCUCUGCAAGAGUGCUAGGGAGGUUUGGAGCAUUUUUCUUUUUGUAGUUGGCAGACGAACUCUGAGGACAGGACAUGGGGGGGGGUGGCACAUCCUCUCCUGUAAAUCCCCUGUUACUGCCACAGAAAACGUCAGUACCUUCCAUAGCUGAGUGGUAAAACACAUGUUUUUUUCAUGCAGAAGGUCCCAUGUCCUGGCUUCUCCAAUAAAAAAACCCCCUAAUUUAUUUCCCAGCCUAGUUUUAGACUGAAUUUAAUAUCUUCAAAUCUUUAAAUUGUCCAAGAGGGUAUUUGUAAUUCUACAGAAUAUCUACCUUAUUAGGGAAUGCUAUUUUUGGUUGCUGUUGUUGUUUUAAUUAAAAACAACAUGCACAUACUCUCUUGUAAUGCAUGUAGUCUACAGUCCUUUUCCACUUCAUGUAGCCCUGGUGUAAGUGUGUGGGUGAGAUUGAGUAGUAUGCAUCUGGGUCAGAAAGCAAAAGUGACAUUUGCAAUACAUGAUGUGUGAUUUGACCCAUUAGCACUUGAAAAUCACUGUUCAGUUGCAAGCACAGAGAGGUUAUUUUGAGCGGGGUGACUGUGUCACAGACAGGGAUGACAUCACUCCACUUUGCAUGACCUUCACAUGGUCCUAUCUUACAAUCUUUGCUCACUAAUGAAAUUCAAAAGCUUUCACUGGUUUUGUCAGUCCAGCAAUCUCUGCUCCAGUAUUUCUUAUUAAUAGUUAUAGUUGUUGUGAUGAGGAUAUUAUUGUUGUUGCUGCUGCUGUUAAUUAUUAUUACUGUUAUUUUUAUCUCACUUCUGGCUUUUGAAUCAUUACUCUUUUGUCACUUGCUUGGUAUACUUCACCUGAACGUCCAGCUUAUGAUUGCCUUGCAAAAUUCUAGACAGUCUCUCAGUGUUGCUGCAGCAGCUGCCAAGGUUGAAGUGCGGGUCAGGCUGCUGCUCAGACUCCACAAUGGGAGUGAUGAAGCUUAACUUAAAAAUCUCUCUGACUAUACAAAUGCAGAGAAGUCAAUUCCCAAGGCAGCAAGAAGCGCAAAAUGGCAUAAACUUUGCUUUCUAGCAGACCUUAUUUCCAUGGUUCAGAAAGCCUACUAUUUUUUCUUAUAAACCAAAGGGGCUAGAACUAUCACCCUCCCACCCAGCUCCACCUACCGAAACCUGCCUCCAAGGCUGCCCAUUAAGCUCCACCUAAUGCAAAAUGUGGCUGGUUGAAGAGAAACUGUGUAGUGCUCUUACUAGUCCAUUCUUUUUCAAAUAGAAGGGUAAGGGGAAAGGUUUGUUUAUUUAUUAUUCUUACAUUUCCAACACUUUAACAAUAACUCCACGCUGGCUCUCAGUUCCCUCCCUGUGGCAUGGGAUGUCCCUUAGAUUGCAUAGGUGCUAUAAGCAUUUAUCUGUAGUGGCUAGAGAAGGCAAUUUGGGUGUGGCCAUGCACUGGGUUUUGUGGGACUGAGAAAGAAGGUGCUAUCUUGGGUCUGUUUUCUCUGCAGCAGUAUGUGGAGCAGCCCUUAGUUCGCAGUGCCAUUGCUUAGAAAACCUCAUUGAAGGUCAAACUGGAACAGAGACAAAGUUCAGAGAACAGAUUUCAAAGCAGCACUGUAGGUCUCCUGUUCCAAAUUGGAGAGGCUGUAGCUCCAAAAAUGCUGUAGAUCUCAGGAAAGUGUUGGGUUGUUGCUAGUGCUACAAGUGUGUUCAAGAUUCUGUCUUGCACAGUCUGAUUCUCAACCUCUAUUGUUUCAGCUAUGUGUUGAAUUCAUCAAGGACACACUGAGUGUGGAGCAGGCCUGUGAGGCCUUUCAGGUGAGUGGCAUUUCUUCCUCCUCCUCACAGUGCCUGUCAAUCCUAGAGACCUAGAUUAAUUUACAUGAAGGGGCGGAAGACCUUUACUAGGACAUCCUGUUGUCAGUCAGCUGAACAGUUCAGAUUCCCUUCAGAUUAGGCUGGUUCUAAAGAUACGCAACUCCAGUGAUGAAUAUAUAAAAGACAUGGGAUUGUUUGUGUGAUUGGGGGCAGGCUGCAGAGUGGUUAAACAACCAAUCCAUCUUCUCAGGGAACUCCGAGAACUAUAGCUCAGUGAGGGGAAUAGGGGCCCCCUAUCAACUCUCAGCACCCUUAACAAACUACACUUCCUGGGAUUCUUUGAGGGCUCGUUGUGACUGCAUUCAAAGUAAUAUGAUAUCACUUUGAACAUAGUGUAGAUGGAGCUUCAGAUUUGAGGUGGUAAUGUUUUCUCUUUAAGAGCGCCCUAUCCACUUUCUUUAAAGCCACGUAUUUCCAUUUGUUGAAAUGGAACGUAAGUAGUUAUUUCUCUUUUGGCAGUCUAUCUCUGUGAGGCGGGGAUGUUGGCAUGGAUACUACCCAUGUGAUCCAUCAGCCCAAUGGGAUUCUGGCCUUCAAACACUCAGGAAAGUGGCAACAGUGCCUUGAUGAUAUAUUAAUUGGGACUAAUUUAAAACCAGUCAGACGAUUCCUAAUGGGCAAUAGUUAUUCUUGGAUCUCAUUAGCUAAGCAAUAGAAGGUUUUUGCUGCUACGAGGAAGCAAAGGCUUAAUACUACUCUUGUUUUGGCAAUACGUGCACUCUCAUCUCUUUUGGUAUAUAAACAGAAGAAAUUGUCAUAGCCUAUCCCACUCCACCACAGACCUCAUGAACACAGCUUGUAUAUUAUUUUUACAUAUUUAUUUCCUAGCAAUAAAAACAGAACAAAAAAGCAACACAUCACCCAGGGCUUGGUAUCAAUAAAACUGCUAUUACAGCUUCAACCUUCAUCUUCAUUUAUCUGCAGAAAAAAUAUCCAAGCAUCAAUUUCAGUUUGUGAGCUCUUUUUGCCCCUCUGUUAUUGGAAAUGAGCCUAAUCGCCCUCUCUGGAGCAGACUUCAUCAGGAUAAGAAGUGCAUGUCUCAGAGUUAGAGCAAAAAAGCUGCCAAUAUUCUCUCAGCUUUAUUGCAGAUAUUAUGAUUUUAGAUUUUGUGGGUAAGGGACUAAAGUUUUGGAAAGAGGAACUGACCAAGGAGGAGCAAUGCAUAUGCUGGUGAGGAAGCACUAGAAAUAUAUCCUGGUAUAAAAAUCCCUUUUCCAGCUUUGUAUUGCCUCUGUGGUGCCCUCCCUCCUUUACCAUCUCCCUAGAGAUUGUGCUGCCCCUUUCAGGGCAAUGGAGGAACCAUACUCUCUUUGAAUUUUACUCUCCCAGCUCCCACUCCACUAUCUGAGUUCUCUUUACAGGACCUUAGCAAGGCCUCCUGUGGUGCUGCAGCCUUUGUUCUGGCGGCACCUGCCCCUUCGAGGCCGACACUGAGCCCUGCGGGCUGAUUUCACGCCAGCUGACACACACAAGCCAAAUCUAGCAGCUGAAGUUCAGGAGCAGCCGGUAAAUGGGACUCUGGCAUCUACCAGAAACCACUCUAAGCUGGUGACCAGGCAUUAUAAAAUGGGGAGGGGAGGGGAGUCCUGUUGUGCCCGGUUUCCUUUGCAACAAUGCCUAGACGCUUCCUUUAUUUUUGGUUGAUUCUUUGUGUGCAUCCUCUCCCCUGCCCCCACAUAUACCAUGUAUGGGCCAGAAGGAUGAGGAGCUGCAACAAAAGGGUCUGUGCUCACUUUGCCUCAGGGAGCAGCCAGCCUUCUGUGCUGUAUCAACUGCGGCCAAAGGGGAUGGAAACUACCAUGCUGUAAAAUCUUUGGCAAAGGCUGGGGCAGCAUUCGAUUGCUAGAUCCUUGACAUAGUAGGCCAAAUACUAUCACCCCAUUUCUGUGAUCAAACAUUGAAAAAACAUUGAGAGCCAGUGUGCUGUCAUUGUUAGAUUCCUGGGCUAGGACCUGGGAGACCAGGGUUCAAAUCCCCAUUUGACCAUGAAACUCACUGGGUGACCUUGGGCUAAUUGUUAUCUCCCAUGCUAACUUACAUCACUGCGUUGUUGGGAGGAUAAAAUGGGGAAGGGGAGAAUGAUAUCUUGCAUUCCUUGGAGGAAAGGUGAGCUAUAAAUGCAAUUAACAACAACAACAACAUUACUCAGAUGUUUUGGCUCCUGAAUGCCGCAAACCUGGAAGUGAUUGUUCUGGCUUGCGAACGUUUUUUUGGAACCUGAACGUCCAAUGGGGCUUCCAUGGCUUAUGAUUGGCUGCAGGAGCUUCCAAAUCAGAAGCCACAAUUUGGUUUUCAAACGUUUUGGAAGUCGAACGGACUUCUGGAACGGAUUCUUUUUGACAUCCAAGGUACGACUGUAUUCUCUACUACAGUAACUGAUUUCAUGAGGGUCUCAAAUAGGCCUCGCUUGAUAUAGUUUGCCACUGCUCUUUUUCCAUUUCUAUAAUAAAAGGUCAUUUUUUGCAGUGAUGCCUUUCUAGGCUCUGAGCCUAGGAUAACUGGAGAUGCUCCACUGUUGAGUCUUGUUGGCUUCCAUAGGUGCAUGUUGUCACAAACUGAGUCUCCCACCUUGCUUCUCGCUUGUAUCAUGAUCACAUAGCAUCAUAACAUGUUAUGAUCAUAACUGUGAUAUGAUAGCAGGCUACAGGCAAACUGUGACCAAAGGUGUGUCAAGGUAGCAACCCUGAAUGCAACAAAUCCAUAUGUUCUAAAUGCACCCACAUCCUCAUUCCAUGCUUCUCCCUUGUCCACUUGCACCACUCCACACUGCAGGUGGUGGUGGUUAUAGGACUAUCCCAAGCUGUACAGUGGCUGAAUAUAUACCAUUCAAUUAAAGCACAUUAAAAGCACAUGGCUUACCCCAAAGAAUAUUGGGGCCUGGAGUUUGUUAAGGGUGCCAGGAGCUGUAGCUCUGUGUGGUAUAAACUGCCAAAUAUACAUACAUAAUCAUUUAAUUGUAUGCCACCUUUCUACAGUUGAAACCAUGCUCAAGCCAGCUUACAACAUGAAAAAGUUCAAAACACAGCAAAAGUAGUCGGAAACAAUAAAUAAAACAUCAAAAAGUACACAACCAAAUAGAACAAUUUCCACAUAAAUUAUAAUAAAGAUACAAAAAUAAUAUCACUAACAGCAACAGUAAUUCCCUAACCAGGGCACCAGCUGGUGGGAGGCGAGGGCCCUUGCCCUCCCCCCAAUUUUCAAGGAGGGGGAAGGGCCCCCUCAAUAUCCUGUGGCAAUGUGCAUGCCUUUAUUUAUUUAUUUAUUUAUUUAUUUAUUUUUAUUUAAGAUAUUUAUACCUUGCCCUUCAAUAAAAUUAUAUGGGAAUCUUGCAAAAUUUCAGACACAAUGAAAGAAAUUUAAAAAUACCCUUAAAAAAUAUGUGUGUGUCCCCCCCCCCCCCCCAUUUCCUAAUGCAUGCUUUGUGGUUGCUGUUUUCUCAAGGGCAUUUGUGAAAUUUGUGGAGCUAAAGUAGGCUAACCAACUGAUGCUGCUGCUAUUUUUGAAUGAGCCACUGACCCAUAUUUCUGUAGCCCAGGGGCUAUCGCCAUACUAAUUAGGGGAAGGAAAGGGAAUCCUGGACUUAUUCCAGUACAGUAUGCACAUACUCUCACCCUACUGAAUAGGUAACCAGUGCUCUGGUAGCACUAUCUGUGCACCAAUCACCUCUUAUGCAGGUGAUGGUCGGAAAUCGGCCCUUAUGUGGCCCCCACAGUGUAUUCAUACCCUCCAGCCUAGAUAAAGCAUGGUUAGACAUUCUGAUUUUCCCCUUGCCUGUGAGAAGGUAAUCAAAUCUAUCCCUAAGCAGCAAACUCUGCACUGAGCAAUGUGAUGUGGUACAUGCACUCUUUCUUCUGGUUAUAUCAGAAGCUACCCCUAAAUUGUUUGAUUAAUAAGAGCACAAUUUCUUCAUCUUCUUUCCCCUGCCUGUGUAUAUUUUUUACCCCUAUCUUCAAUGGUUCUUCAUGUGUCAGCAAUGCAGAAGGGCUGUACUUCCUGGCUGUAACCUCCAUCAUCAUGUGGUGGCCCCGCCCUCCCAGUCUUAUUGCAUUGAACAUGGAGGCCUGAAGAAGGAAACUACUCCUGCCCAGGCAACCCAAGAUACCAUGUUCUUGGUGAGAGUAGACCCCCUACUGAAUUGAGUCAGGAAUUCCCUUUCCUCCCCCUAAUUAGUAUUGUGAUUGAACCUGCCCUUGGGAUCCAGAAGCCCUAGGCAUGAAAGUCAAGAGUCAGAGUCGGCAGGACACACAACACCAUAGGUGGAAUCAGCGGUCACAGUCCCAUUCUGCCUCUAUGCACAUGCAAAGGUUGUUUUUGUGAAUAGAGCUAAUGGAUUACUGUAUUCUUAACCGAACUAGCAGAAGGACACAGCACCAGCACCAUAUUAGUCCCCACUCCCCACUGCAGUGCACAUCCAUAAGAACUUAGGUCCAAAUACUAAUUGAUCACUAUCAACGUAUGUGGAGCCUCUUUCAUGCUCAUGUUUAGGUUAGCUUCAUCCCCACCUUCAGGCAGAGUCGGUGGAUGUGAGACUAAAACGAGGACUCCUGGCCUGGGGAGUGAAAGCAGUACUAGUUACAAACAGAGCUGUGGGUUCACAGAUACUCCCUCCCUUUUCCUGUUUUGCUGCAAAAAGAGAACAGAUAAAGGGUAAAGCCUCACUGUGCGCUGUUGAUGAACUUUUUGUGGCCAGGUCCAACCCAGUUUACCAGAAUGUCAUCAGCAUGAUGACGUGUGCAAAACUCCCUCAUAUCUGUCUGUUAGGCUAGGUUUCUCCCACCUACGCCAGGAUGGAUUCCCCUUAAGUUCUCUCCUCCCACCCCCAUUACCAGUUAAAAAUAAUAAUACUUAACUUUUGGUACUGUGGGAACAUUUUAUUUGUUUAUAAAAUGAAGUUUCUGUUGCCUUUUGGUCCCCAGAAAGGACCCCUAAUUAUAAUAAUGUGCAACACAAAUAGACAAGAAGACUAAGUUGAGGUGGAGCUAGUUUAAACACAAUCAAGUAUUUUAAAAAAUCUAGAGCCGAUAUAACACCUGGAAGAUUUUUUUCAAAAAGUUUUUACAUCUCACUAAACAACCAUAAGAAUGGGAGCCAAGUGAAGCUCGUGGGGGAAGGUGUUCUUGUGAUAUGGGUGGUGCAACCAAAAAGGUUCUUCUGCGACUGAAUAUACCUUUGAGGGCACUUGGAGAUGGAACAAGGCCUCAGAUGAUGAACAUGGUGGGUGGACCAGUUUACGUGAGGGGAAAAGGCAGUCCUUCGAGUAUCAUGGUCCCACCAAACCAUUUAGGGCUUCAUAGACCUAAAUGUAUCUUAACCAUAUUGGGACUAGUUGCAUCAGCACCUCUACUGCUUCUUUUUUUCCUCUCCAAAGACAAUCUCCAGAGAUGAAAACUAUGAAGCAAUUAUUCAGGUCUGCAGCAAAGCUGUUGUCCAAACUCAGAUGGUUCUGGCUGUUAAACAGGAAAAACAUUUCUUGUUUUCACAGAUGUGCCAUCUGACAGAGUGCAGACAUCCAAGGUUUAGUGGGUAAAAAUAUAAAAUAAUGUUAACUCGCAUGACAAAGUACUCUUUGCAGUUAUCUUCCCAGACCUGCUUAUUGAGCAUUCAUCUCAGUUUGCUUGUACAAAGAGUGGAGAUAAUUCAAUGUUAGCUGCUUCUGAUUUGUUUGCAGGGAGGUUAUACAUAAGUGAGUCAAGUGAUUGUUAUCUUGCACUUUCUGCUGCAUUGCCCUAUCACUUUCCAUACCACAAGAAGUCUGGGUGAUUGUUUUUUAUUUAAAAAAGUGGUUUGCUAACUGCUUAACCUUAAUUUGUCAGUAAGUGACUGAAUCUCACUCAAAAAUAGUGACAGUUUGGAAGCAGCUUGUUUUGCUCUAGUAGAGGAUGUUAAAGUCUCCUUCUCCACAAAUGUUGAUGCCUUGGACAAGACGUGCACUUUCAGUCUUUGGACAGAAAUGUGUUUUAAAGUUGAAGUUUGUUGAGUCAUUAAGUAUCUGAUAAGAUUUGGAAAUAUAAAAUUUCCAUUCAUUCAGACAAAAAUCAGGAAAAGGAAAAAAUCAGGAGGGGAAAAUGCAUCCUGGGCAGCAGGUAGAGGAAUGACUCUUUUGCUUCUUAACAAUUGAGGUGUUGGUGUGACUGGGAUGCCUACCUCCAGCUUCUUCAUUGAUAGUUUUUAAGGAAGCAUUCUAGCAUCUCUCACUUCUUUCUUCCGCAAGAGUUCUUCAAGCGGACAUACACAGAGAGACUGAUUCUCCUAAACACAGAAAACUGCUUGCUUUCUGAAAGCAGGCUGGUUGACUUCUGAUUUGUCACAGGAUUUGCUCUGUUCUCCCUCAUGCCUUUAGCUCAGGGGUGCCUGCCACCUUUGACCCUCCAGAUGUUGUUGGACCACAACUCCCAUCACCCCCUGACCAUUAGCCAUGCUGGCUGUGGCUGAUGGGAACUGGAGUCCAGUGAUAUAUGGAGGGCCACAGACUCCUCAUCAGUGAUAUCACAGGAGGUCCCAUAACUCUUGUUCACACCAUUCUUCCCAUACAAGCCGUCAAAUACAGGCAGCUAUAUAAGGCUAUGGUGAGAAACAAACCAUAUCCAACUGGAGUGGAGGCAGACAGAUAAUCUCCCCACCUCAUGUCUCUCUCUUGGCUGAAUUACAUCUGUGGUAUUCACAGAAUGCAUUUCAUUGACCUGACACCCAAAGCUUAAUGAGCCCUAGGCAAAACCCUUAGACAUAUAAUGGCUACAGAAUGAGGAGAGAGACAGUUAAUUUCACCAGAGACAGCUGGACAAUACAUUUGCACCCCAUUGUGUCAGCUUUCAAGAUACAGCUCAUCCAGUUGGUCUCCAUCCUGUUCUAUAUAUAUAACUGGCUUCUUCCAGUUGAGUUUCAUUUCAGUUUUCUGUUUAGAAGAACCAGGCAUUUCUACCAAUAUAGGAAUCCCUAAGGCUGGAAUGGAUCAUGCUGCCAAAUUGGGUAGAGGCUACAAACCUGGGCUAGUUGUUUUCUAAGAAGGGCAUGGCCUAUGCCAGGCAUGGCCAAACUUGGCUCUCCAGCUGUUUUGGAACCACAACUCCCACCAACCCUAGCUAAUAGGACCAGUGGUCAGGGAAGAUGGGAAUUGUAGUCCCAAAACAGUUGGAGGGCCAAGUUUGGCCAUGCCUGCCUAUGCCCCUUUGUGGGGAAAGCUUUCCAUAUCUGUGAAGUGUUGCUUCUGGGAGUUCCCAUGUGAUACAGGGAUCAGUUCCUGUAGGAGACAUGACAUUUGGUGGUGUCAUAUGUAGUGGGCUAGCCAUACCCAUGUGUCAGAAUUCCCCCUUUUUAGAAGGCUGGGUUGACUGGAACUCAUAGUUUCUACUGCAUUCUCCCUUUUACUCUGUCUGAUAAUAGUGGAAAAACAAUGUUGCUACUCUGGUCACAUGUGGUUUGACGGCUGUUUACAGUGGUCAGCUGGUGCCGUUAAUUGGGAUCGUUAGUUUCCAGCUGCAGGCUUGGCCAUGUGGUAGGGCUGGUGUAUCCUGAAAGCAACCAGCAAGAUAAUGUGGUUUGCCACAAACACAUUGUUUUCACACAAUAGAAAUUGUUUGUUUCUUGCUUAACUGCACAACUUACUCCUCCUAGUUCCCACCUGUAAUUUGUGCUCACUGAGCCUGGGAUGUGUCUGACACAAUAUUCGCUAGUUCUGUCCCCAUGGGAAUCAGCAGAGUAAGCAGACAUCAUCACUUUCUAUGGGGACUGAUCAUUUUCUUUGUAGCAUUGAAUCCACAGAUGCUUCUAUCGCUCUGCAGGAGAUUAUGUUGAUAUAAUUUGGAUUUUCAGAUAGUGAUACAAAGGGCACAUUCCACAGAUGCAUUUCUGGUUUUACUGAGGUGAUACCUGCAAGUUCUGUCUUUAGAGAUGGCCAUGCUUGACCUUUCAAUAAUAUGAAUGUUCCUGUAGAAAGUAAAAAAAAACACACAACACACACACAAAGUGACCCUGUUGCAGACAACAUUAAUUCAGAACUUGGCCUAUGUUUUAAACCAUGUAUACAGUGUCACACUUCUAUAUUGAUAACAUCACAUAAUAUGUUUAACUAGACAUUAGGCAGAAGGUAGGUGGAAUUAGGGAGAGGAGAAACCCUGAGUGACUGCAGGCCCAUGUCUCUCCCAACUUAGAAUGACUAGUGAGCAUUACACACACCCCCACUUUACAUUCAUCAAUUGAAAAGGUGGAACAAAUCCACUAUUUUGUCAUUCUUUACCCAUCCUGAUUGUGAGUUCAAUUGAGUAUUUAAAGGUUAUUAGAUGAUAACUAAUCUCAUCUCACAGUUUCAAGGUGGCUACUUUAUGUUAGCAGAAGCAAUCAGAAUAAGCUUGACCCACCAUGCUUGCUUGCCUCAUUCAGUGCAAGUAGAUACUCCUUGCUUUGUUUACUUGGGGUAUGUUCUCUUCGAAGGGAUGUAAGAAUUGCCCUGCUGGAUUCAAUCAAAGGUCCAUCUGGUGCUGCAUCUAUUUCCAUUAGUAGCCAGACAAAUGCCAUAUGGGAUGCUUAUCUUCAAGCAGUGUACAAUGAAGGUAGAUGUAUGUGGACUAUAGAAAGUAAAUAAUAUGGCUGCUAUCAUUAUGUUUAUCACUGAUGUCCUGUUAAUACCUUUCAGACCACGUAGAAAGCUUUUCUGAAGGCUAUCAAGCACAUUUUCUCCACCAUACCAGAUAUGCUGGUAGAUUUUUCCUGGGGUGUAUCCAGGGAGUUGUGGCAGCCUUUCUGUCAUUGUGGUGGCAUGUUUGGUGUUACACUGGUGAAGUGAGCUAUCCACCACAUACUAUUACCCCUCAAUCAGCUUAUUUUCAAUUUCCUCAGUACCAUCACAUAUCUUUAAUGUCAUUUGCAGUGCAGUCCUUCACAUGCUUCAUUAUAAGUAAGUCCCAUUGUGGAAUAAACUAGGUGAAAUGCCAUUCGCACACUUAGCAUGACUGGCUUUUUAAAGGGAAACUACAGGCCCAGGGACCCCAAUCUGCAUUGAGACCCUGGCUUGGAGGGCAGGGGACUUUAGCUUUUAGGAGAGGGGCUGGUCUUGAUUGAGAUCACAGUACGAGGCAAGAGCUUAAGAUCCUCUAUUCCCCAUUCCUGGGUCUUGCACUCCUGCAAUUUACUUUUAGAAAGGCAUUGAUGCAAUUACAAAUUACAUGAAUAGCCACUUCUAGUUUGGCCCCAAGUUCAGUGGGGCUUACUCCCAAGUAGUGGACAUAGGAUUGCAACCUAAAAUGUUAUGUUUAAAAAUAUUUUUCAAGCAAAGCUUUGCAUUUUUUUAUGGAAGACGUGUAAAUAUUUUAAGAGAUGACAAUUCAGUUAGCAUAAGCUUCUCUUUCAUUGUUUACAUUUUUAAAAGAGAAUGAAGGCAUUGAAAACCAUUAAUAUACUAAUUUUAGCCUGCCUCCAAGAGGUGCUGAUUAGAUCUAUAUAUAUUUCGAAGUAUAGACUUCUGGGUUAAAAAAAUGUUAUAGCUUUGAAACUGCCCAGUCAUUUUGUUACGUUCCAAAUUAAUUUUAUGAUACAAUGCAGUUUUAGAAAUGAGAAAGAUUCCAUGGAAAAAUGUAGUAGUGGAAAAAUUUCUACUCUACAUCCGCAGUAUUAACCCACUGAACACCAAAUCACAAACACAUUUGAUCAUUUUGAACUCUGUUACUUAAAGUACAUUAUAAGACAGCUUGUGGUUGGGUGCAAAAUCAGGUUUUGUGUUUGUAACGAGUAAUUCAGACUGGUACAAUGAAGGUAGGAAUCCUAUGAAGGUAUUAUAUAGAAUGGGCAUAUGGAACAUUAGACAUUAUAUAGACAUUAUAUAUACAUUAUAUAUAGAAUAGACAUUAUAUAGAAUGGGCAUAUAAACAGCUCUCGGCCCCAUCUCUUUGAUUUCCAGAGGAACCUUGCUGUUCUAGAACACACAGGCUUGCAUUUGGUCCUGGGAAAGGAUCUACUGAUUGCAGAGACUUUCCCAAGUUUACCCAUAACAUACCCUCCAACAAUUCUCUGAUGAAAAUAGGGACGUCCCAUUCCAUAAUGAUAAUUUUACUAUUUAUAACCUCACACAUCCUACUGCGUUGCCCCAGCCACUCUAGGCAGCUUCCAACAUGUAUAAAAAUAAUAAAAAACAUUAAACAUUAAAAAACUUCCCUAUACAGGAUUGCCUUCAGGCAGCUUGGGGCUCGAAUAACUCCAUACCCGCCAACAUUUCUCCAACGAAAAUAGGGACGUCCUAAGGAAAAGCGGGACAUUCCAUGAUCAAAUCAGAAACUGGGAUGGCUUCUCUAAAUCAGGGACAUCCCUGGAAAAUAGGGACACUUGGAGGGUCUGCCAUAAGUAUCUCCAUUGUGGGAAAGGGGAGGACUUUUGAUGGUGUUUCUUCCAGGUUCAAAUACUUAGAAUGAAAUGAAAAGCAAACUGCAGCCAGCUCUGUCACUCCCAACCCACGAUCCUUUUCUGCUUCUCCUCUACCUAAAGCCCCAACAUUCUUUCAUGGAUGGGCAUCUGGUUGGUCUGUGUGAGAACAGAUUAGAUGGACCUUUGGCCUUAUCCAGCAGAACUCUUCUUACGUUCUCUCAGCUUUGUCUCUUUAAACACAGCCUUUUAUCAAUUUUUCUUCUCACUCUCUUAAUGGCAGGCAGCUGUAGCAUAUGGGCAGAUGGAUUUGCAGAUACAUUGCCUGGCUUUCAUCGAGAGUUGUACUCAGGUAAGCACAGGACAAGUGCAGAGGUUUCCCCAUGAAAUAUGGAGGUCCUAUUCUAAUUAGACCUCUUCCCUAUAGGACCAUGUUUGUUGUUUGUGCAUUUGAUAUAUUUAUAUCCCACCUUGCUUCCAUUACAGUGGCAUAUAUAGGGUGUCCAGAGUUGCUGUGUCAUGUGCUUUCAGACCAUACUGGCUCAGUAUCAUGAUUUGGUUAUGCGGGGAACAGGGUGCCACCGGCAGACAUGACCUGUCCUCCAGAUUACAUCAUCUCUCAGUACCUCGGUGCAAUUGGGAAGGGUGGUGGUCUUUGUGCUUCAUCAUGGUAGGAAGAGGACUCUAAUGCAGUUUAUCUCACCUAUUUCAACCCUAAACUCUCUAUGGACAUACCAUGGGUACCUUACUCCUUAGCUGUGGCCACCAUUUUUUAGUGACAGAGGAGUUCUCUCCACUCCACAGAUGAGCUGCAUAUUUUCCCCCAGGACGUGGUGCUAACACGUGGCUUCUUGGAAUUGUCGGAACUGGCAAUGCAAACUAUCUUGCGCAGUGACUGUUUGGCCAUCGAUGAGGUGAAGCUGAUUCGUGCUGUUCGGGAAUGGGCUCAUGUUGGAUCCGUAAGUGCUCAUUACGUGGCGAGGAAAGGGAGAAAAGGGAACAAAGGGAGCAGGGAUUGAGGAUCCCACUCACAGGGUUCUCUUGGAAGAUGUAUAGAGCUGAAAAAGCCAUGAUGGGGAGGAAUGAUUGUGGAUGCUCCCUGGUGAUAGCAGGUUGCUGUGGAAGUGGGGAGGGCAUAAUUUUGCCCCACUUAAGUUGGAGAGGCAGCAACAGAAGAGAGAGUGCUGAUGCUCCAUAUAAACACAGGCUUGCGCAGUUGGUGGGUGGGGCUGGUUGUCUCUGCUGUAUUUCUGUAUUUCAGUCAGCUAGUAGUUAUUAUUGUCUCCAUAUGUUAGCUGUUUUAGUUUAUACUGAUGUUUAAGAGGAUCUACGGUAAUUGUUCUGUGUUGUAUUUUUUGGUGAUAUUUUUAUAAUGUUGGGAACCACUCAGACAGUUCUUGGAGGAAUGAAACAGUAUAUAAAUUACCUAAAUAAUAAAAAUAACUGCAACCCAUUGGCCAAAGGCAGCAACUUACACCUUUCUUGAGUAUAUAAAACGUUUUCCACAGAAUUAUGUGGUUGGAAAAUAAAUGUCCAACCAACAAACCACUUCACAUUAAUAGCAGAUGUUAAUCUACAGUUAUUUGCAGGUUUUCCAUAGCAUUGGCGUUAGGGCUCCAACUCUCUCACACCCACCCACACUGAGUCCACCUCCCUCAUUUGAUUACCACCAGGCCUGGCUCCAAGAUAGAAGAUCUUGGUUUUCAGACCAGCCAAUCAGGCACCGCAACUGCAAUAUUCUAAACCUAAUGAGCCAGUCCAGUGCUCUCCUUCAGUAAAUUUGCUUAGAGCCAACCACCUACCAACCAACCAACAGAAUCUAGGCCACAGUGUGUUCCAAGCAGAUAAGAAAGGGUUGUAGGAUAGAGCAACUGCUUUGCAUGCAGAUGGUCCCAAAUUCAGUCCCUGAGAACUUGAGGCAAGGUUGGAAGAUACUCCUGUCUGAAAUACUAGAAAGCCCUUGCAAGUCCAUAUGGUAGACACCACUGAUCUAGACACUACUGACUCAGCAUAAGGUAGCUUCCAAUGUUCCUAUGAUGCACUUGCCCCAGUGAAAUGACAGCCAUCAGAUUUCCCUAUGUUCUUAUCAAAAGCUGCCUACAAAGCAAGUAGCUCCAGCUUAACUAAGAAAGAGAGAUGAGACACAUCCAGGAGAACAUGGAAACGUUCCCACUGGUGCCCCCAUCACAUGAGUUUUCCCUAUUUCUACCCAGCUGCAAGAGCACGGAGCAGGGCCCACUAGAUCCCAGGAAUUCUGAGGUGCCUUUCUCUGAUACUCCACAUCUCCCAUUGUUUGACGACCCACUCCCUGGAACUGAAAAUUAUUUCCUUCCCUUUCCCCAGAGUUUCUGCUGCAUCACAGCAGUUCAGAACUAGGACAGCUUGUGACAUGAUUGCUUAUCCAGGUCUGUCAGCAGCCCCUCUCCCCUGGCCUGUGCUGAUCCUGAACUCCCUUCUUGCAGGCUGUUCUAGACAGGACUGUGCACGAUGUGGCAGCAACAGUGGUGCCAGGGCUGCGUCUGGAUCUGCUGUCACCAAGUGAGCUGACCACGCUGGAGGAGGAGAACAAGAAGGACCAAAUGAUUCCAGUGAGAGAGGCUACCCACCUCAGUAAUAGCUUUUUGCAGCAGCUUGCAUGGAUCACAUGUCUCUCCCUGUCUUUAGAGCGCUUGCUCCUUCUUUUCAUAUUUAAUUAGCUAAAAUUAGUGGCAGAGAAGAAGCACCUUUCCUGUGGUUUGCAGAAGUACAUAAGACUUUUAGGGGAGUAGGGAACCUUGAGGGAGGUGGGACCUAAAAUAGCUCUGUGACGAGUGAGAAUGCUCAGUGGCCGGAGCACAGAAUACUGACUAACUCACUGGGGAAGUUGUGGAAGGGAUGAUGAUACAGGAACAGAAUGAAAUAUCCUGGAAGAAAGCAUCACUGGGUCAGUGGAACCCUGGACAAGAACACAUGUAGAGUUCUGAGACCAAGAGAGUUUGUUGGUUUACUAGGUGAUGGCCUCGGGGCCCCUGAGAGAAGAGAAGUGGCCAUCUCUACUUCUUCCAUCUGCUUCCCACUGUAUCCUCCUCAAUUCUCCUGCUUAGACACCAUUCUGCUGCAUUACCCACCUGGGUAUGGUUCCUGCUGAUCUUCACUCCUGUCCAGCACUGGCCUGAAUAUAAUGGAUUUGUUUCUACCCUUGCCUAGGUGGAAAGCCUGGCUCAGGCCUGGAAGAUGCAUGCACUACGGAAGGGGUGUGGAAUGCGAUCCUCCUUGUGCCAGCGCCGGCGUGGAACACUAUCGCGGGAACAUCAACGCCCCCUUGACCCACAGCACAAGUGA